UUGAAAGAUUCAAUCAUGCCCACGAAGAGUGUGGAGGCGGUGGAGAUUUUGGAAGCCCUCGAAUCGAAGCUCGCGUACAUUCCAGGAGGAAGAGAUCCAGAAGGAAGACCCUUGAUCGUGGUCAACGUUCCUUCAGAACUGCAACCGAACACGAAACCAUGGCUGGAAGCUUUGAUCGCGUACUUCUUGUCGAUCUUUAGCGAAGAAACGAAGAAAGCUGGUUUGGUUCUGAUCGUGGAUGCGAGAAGAGGUGCAUGGCGCGUUGCAAGGUCCUGCAUCAGACUGUCUAUGCUACUUUUCGGAUCAUUCGCAGCUUCAGUCAUCGUUCUGAGACCUGAUGGUUUCUGGGAUAAAAGGGUGGACAGUUGUACCAAGUCUCAUAAAGAAGGCGAGCCGACGUACCUCACUCUGACGAGGCUUCACCUUCACGUUGAUUUUGCUCAGCUGCCGUACGAGCUGGGUGGUAAUAAACUUUACGAACACGCUGAAUGGAUUCAAAAACGUGUGAAAAUAGAAGAUUACUGCAAAGAAGCGUCUGAUCUCGUGUCCAAGAUGACUGACUUGCACCAAAGAUUAAUCAGCCUCGAUGGUUUUCGAAUGUCGGAAUCGGAUGAUGAUUUGGAGUCGUACUGGGGGAUGAGCAGUGAAUUAAUAUCAAUCGCACGACACGUUCUUCAAUCAGGUAGAAAUUUAGUGAGCACGAUGAGCAGAGAAACAGCGAAGGAUAUUUUAGACACAACAAGAAGGAUCCAUGAGCUCAUCGAUUCCAUUGAAUUAAAACAGGUGGAUAUCGAGAACUCUUGGUCGGAAAUGGAGAGGAAUUUGGACACAGCCAGGGUAAUCGGUGAUCUUGAGAAAGGUGUGUCCCGGGUCACCGAUUGGAUCCUUGGACCAGCCGAUGCGAUGUUAAAUUCUUGUUGCCAAGUUGGAUUCGACGUAUCUUCUUCCGAAGAACUUCGCAGACGACACGAGGAACUGGAAUUGGAAUGCAGGGAGACGUACGGAAGAUACGCAGAAUUGCUUCACAAAAUAGAUAGUCUACCAAGCACUCGAUUGUCGGAAGAUCUAAAAUCUCAACGAGACUUCAUGGAUUUCGUGUGCAGAAGUUUCGCAAACAGACUGGAAAGACGACGAAACGUGUUAAUUACUUCGCAAAGAUUCUUCAGACUAGUUUCCGAGUACUUUGACAAAACGAGCGAAGUGUUCGACAAGUUGGUGAUGGGUAACAGGACCCAUGAUUUUUCUCAGGCUACCGCGAAUCUCAUGAAACUGGAACAGAGUCAAGCGAUUCUAGAAACGUUGGAACGUGAAUUGGUAAAGGAAGGUGAAAAAUUAUCAGACAUUCUCUCGAUGCCUGUGAAGGAUGCUCUUGGUAGAGACGUGCAAGUCGACUAUGGUGAAGAUAUAGUAAACGUUCGAGAUAUUUUAGAUGCAACAAACGCUCGGAAAAAUAUUUUCAACGAUAGCGUUGAACUACAGAAAUUGUCUCUGAAACAGAUCGCAUUGAUAUACACUUACGAGAACGACGCCGAGCAGGCAGUUAAAUGGUUGAACGAUUUGUACGAAGUUCUAUUGAAAAAUCAUAUGGAAAUAGGAUGCAAUGCUAUUGAAAUACAGUCGCAGAAAAAGGAACAUCAAUCGUUUCAGGAAACUGCUAAAGGAACCUACGAUUAUGGUUGCCAAUUAGUGAACGGAGCACGAGUGCUGAGGUUGUCCUGCAGGUUGCCUCUGGAAAGUAAUGCAAGUCUGUUCUCAAGGCUGCGACAAGCUUGGAAGCAGCUUCGUUCCGUUGGUCAGGAACAAUUAACGAGACUGAGAGUGUGUGCUGUCUUUCACAGAAGCGUCGAAGAUCAUUGCUCGAAAUUGCGCGAUCUGAUCGAGGCGGUCGGAUUGUUACGUCGCUCUUCAAGAAUAGAGGAUUUAGCUGCUGAGAGCAGAGCCAGAGCUGAGAUAAGGGACAUCCUAGGAAACCGAGAGAAGCUUCUUCUGGAAGUUGGACGAAUGGUGAGGCUUGGUCGUCUUUUGAGAACCAGAUUGAAGGAACCAUUGUGCCAUCAACGAAUGUCUGAGGCCGAUGAUGCCUCGGGGAAAGGCAGUAACCUGACAGCGGUGGAAGCGAUCUCGGCGAGAUUGGCGGAAGUAACGCGACUCGCCGAGAAACUGGACGCGAGACUUUGCGAGGCUGGAGCCAGGACUCGACCAGUUCCCAUGUCAUCGUCCGCGAUGUCCUCCACGUCUUCCCUCUUCUCAUCGUCGAAUCAACCAACGACGACCAGCCUCGCGGCAACGUCCGUUCAGAGUCAACCGAUUUCAGCUGGAAUAUCGUCGAUAACUUCUAUGCCAUUGAUAUGUACCUCAGAGUCGACGGUGCCGUUUGGAACGAAAGGUGUUUGCACGGUUUUGGCAACGAAAAGCAGCGUUGCUUCGUCGAAACCCGUGGAGAGGUCAACGUCACCUGUGCAGGUGAACGGAGGUAUCAGUGGCGGUACCGGCGAAGCUGUUGCUGGGUCAGAAGCUUCUAAACCGGAGAAGAAGAUUGUCGAGGAAGAUACUCGAGAAAUGGGAAGUGAAAUUUAUAGGGACGCUAGCGAAGAUAAAAUAGACGAUAGCCAGGAGGAGAAAUUGAAAGAGGAAAUAGAGGAUAUUAUGGAGAAAUCUUGCGAGGGGAGUUUGGCUGACGGUUCUAAUAUCGAGGACUACGUAACAGCCACCGAAUGUUCCAUAACUCCGACGGCUCGUUCCAGAAGCGAAUCCUUCGUUACGACUCCAGAAUGCGAAGAGCUUGCUGCCACGGUAGUUACGACGAGCGCGUCCGACAUCUGCUGGAACAUCGAGGAGCCUAAAUUUAUCAGCUCGAACGCAGCGGUAUCCUCGUCUCUGAUUAAACAAGAGGAAGCCUCGAAGGGUCAGAAAGUAGAAAGAAGCAACGCGUCGAUGGAAAGUUUUAAACCUGAUAUUUACGAAACGAACGGUGAGAGACAAGUAGAGAAACUCGUAUCGAUGGAAAAAAGAGUAGACGAGAAGUCUGGAAAGGUUGUAAAGGAAGUUACUGAAACGACGACUCUGCGCGUAUCGCACGACACUCGAUUGGGUAUCGCGUCUUAUAAAGUGAUAUCGAAUACCACUCAAGAUCAUCGUGAAAAGGUGGACGUGAAGGAAAUCAAGGAUAUCGAGCGCAUCGUAUCACCGGACGUUCAUGAGAAAACGAACGGAUUACAUCACGAUACAGAAACUGGUUCGAAAACGGAUUCGUACACUCGAAGGGACGAGUUGUCAACGAAAACGGACGAUACGGAGCGUACGAUCAAAUUCACGAAGAUAUGCGAGGUGAGCCAAGAAGAGAAACCACGCGUGGUAUCGGGGGAUACUUCGAAGGAUAUGACGUUAUUCUUGAAGGAGUACACGCGACACCACGAAGAUAGCGGUAUCGAGAUGUCGCCGACGAAGAAGGAGGAGACCCUCGAGGGCCAAGAUUUCCUCGAAAAUGCGAGGAAGAGAAGAAUUACGAGAAUGGUGGACGGGCACGACUCGAUGGAAACGACGGAGAAUAGCGAGGGAUGCCGUGAGAAGGAAUCACGAACGGUGGUGGAGAGCAACGAGGAUGCACCGCAACAAACCACCAGCCCGACGACCACCAUAAGCACCAUAGCCGUGCAGAGCGGUGAAACGCGUCUGGUGAUCGCUCUACUUCAAAGCGGAGAAUGGCUGAGACUGAAGGUUCUGGAGGUUCAACCAGAAUUAACGAAGCUCGGUGCUUCCGUGGAAGAAGCGACCGAGUUGUCGAGUGCACACGACGAAGUUCUGCUUCGAUUGCAGAGCAAACAGAGCCCGGUGGAAGAGUUACUCCGACAGGCUGAUCAAUUGAUUUCGAACCAAAGGCCGCGAGCGGAAGUGUACGCGGCGAUGGCGGAAACGUUGGGCCAAGCAUGGCGCGAUGUGAACGAGCUUUUGGAGCGUCGAAAACAGAUUCUCGACUGUAACGUGUUGUUUCAAUGUCGAGCCGAAGAGUGUCGUGAGAGUAUGAGAGCUCUCGAAAUGGCAUGCAACGACACGUUAUUGCCUAUUGAAAUCGAGGCGGUAAAAAACUUCCUGUCCAAAAUCCAUGAUCUUCGAAAGAACAUGUUGGAAGCUUUGAUGGGUGCUUUGCAAGAAGGAAAAAAUCUAUUAGACAGAUUGAAGGAAAUCGCGAACGAAGGCACAUUGGAUUCCAGACCGGACAGGAUUAAGCUCGAAGCUGAUCACGCCGUAUUGAAAGUAGAAAAAUGGUUGGAAGAAUUGCACGACAGAAGACGUUUGAUCGAAGCCUCGUUUCGUAGCAGGAAGACACAAUUAGAACAAUGCCUGGCUCUAGCUCUGUUAGCGACCGAUCUACGCGAUCUUGAAGAGAUCCUGAACGACAGAAUCGCUGCUUUAUCGAGUAGCUGCGAUCAGCUUGGAGAUUCUGCUUCCAGCGCGGAAUUACUCCUGUUCGAGCUGAAAAAAUUACAAGCCGAAGCUAAGGAAUUUCAAGACAGAUCGAUCAAGAUAACGAAAUCAACCGAACGAUUAGUGUCAUCGGGACACUUUGCCGGAGAGCAAGCGACGGAGCAAGCGUACGCGAUCCUCGGCGCUGCUGCUGAUUAUGUCAACGAUUUGGAUCAGUACGAAUCGCUGUUGAACAGGGCCGUGGCCUUCUUCGAUUCGGCUCGAUCGGCAAUCACCAAACUGGAUCAAUUGGAGAUACAGUUGGUGACAACUGAGCAUCCACAAUAUUCAACGAGAUUAGCUCGUUUCCAUGCUCAGACAGUAGCAACCAUCGAAGAUGUGACUGCGAAACCUUUGGCGGAAGGAUACGCCCUUCUGGAUGUCACAGGAAGAGGAGCGCCUGGUGCUGAGGGUGUCAAACGCACCGUGGAGGAACUGGAGAACCGGAAGAUCCGUCUAAUGGAACGAUGCACAGCACACGACAAAGAGAACCUCGAAAUAUCCCGAAUGAUAAACACUUUCCUGGAGAAACACGACGAAUUAAGGAAAUGGUUGAUGAACAUACCGGAAGCGUUUCUUCAGGGUCAUCAAGAUAUGGGCAGCGACGUGCCGAUGGCUGAAGAUUUUUGUCGAUUGCAUCGUCAACUAUCCAACGAUCUCGAACGGAGAACCGACGAGGUUGAACAUCUCGAAUUCGAGAUUCUUCCAAUCAGAGAGAAAUUGGAAGAAUCACAGAAAUUGGAAUUGAAAUCGAAGGUUGAGGAACUUCAGCGUUCUUGGUCGAAGACCAAGGAACUUGUGGCUAAUAGAAUUGAUCUAGGAUCUGUUUACUUACAAUUUCACAUGGUAGCUGAUGAAUUGAUGAGAGAAGUUGAAUCGAUCGAAAGCGAAUUGAAGAGCAAUGCUGAUGUUUUGGAUGAAAGGAAAGUCGAAGAACUUGGUAGACGUUGGAAGGAUCUUCAACCGCUUUAUGUGAAGCUAACAGGAAGUGGAAAGGCAUUUUUGGACGCUGCUAUUAAGAUCGACGAUCCUUAUUUAGACGUGCCAAGGGCUUGCCUGUGCGUCCAAACGCUUUUAGAAAAAUUCGCCAACAGACAAUUGACUGUAACAGAAUCAUGGGAAAAAUGGCGAACCACUAUCGAAAUUUUAAGGGAAAGACGCAUCGAGCAUGAACGAAAAAUCGAAGAAAGCACGAGGACGUUAGAAUGGGUGUCAAAAUUCAGCGAACAAUUGUAUCCGGUGAUAACAUCCCAGUCUGCUGAAACAACGAUGAUUCUUAAAGAUUUGGCAGGCUCGAAACAAAGAAUUCUUCCUGAGUUAAAUAAAGCUGUCAGCGAGUUGGAUUCCAGAAUCAAAGGAAUCAAUACAUUAGCUCAAAAGGGCGAAGUACACGUCGACGAGGAGAUCCUGAAGAGACUCCAUCAAAUGCACGAAGAUCUCCGUAAAACAGCCAGAGACUACGAGAUUCUCCUCGAAUCAUUAAUUUCCAUUUUCGAAAGCAUCGAAGAGGUUGAACAGAAAAUCGAGACAUUAAAGAUCCAAGUCGAACGAGUGACAUCCUUGAAGAAGAUCUUCGAAGUGGAAGCUGCUUUCAGUGAAAUCGAUGCUACUAAAUGGUCCAUCUCAGAUCGAUUGGGUCAUAUUAAAUUGAGAAUCGAAGAUGCAAUAGCUAGAAUCAAACAGCAGGAACCACCAGAGGCUGGUGUUAAAGAUAUUGAAAAAUUAAGACGAUCUUUGGAUUCGAUGACAUCCGAUUUUGAAAUAUUCUGGUCGCAAACCACUACCAAAGUGGAGGAACAUCGACGAACUUGCACCUUUACCGAAGAUUUAGAGAGAAUUGAUGGGGAAUUAAAGAAUUUGAACGAGCAUUUGAAGAAUGUCGAUGCUAGAAUGGGAGAGAAUCUUCAGACAGCGAAGGCUACUUCCGCUUCCUUUGUGCAAUUUGAAAAAACUGUCACGAUACUGGAGCAGAGAAUCGAGACGUUCGUACAGACAACAGAAGAAUCAAUCAAGAUUCUAACACCUCAAAUAGUGGAUGACAUCUCUUUGUUGAAAGAAAGAUGGAGAAAUCUGAAGAAGAGAUUGGAAGAAACGAAGAAACGAAUGAAUUUGUGUAUCGACUAUUUCGUGCUUUUGGAAGAAGCCAAAGAAUGGAACAGAGAGGGUAGUAAAUUGUUGGUGGUGAUAGCAAGGAAAGCUACCAUGGUGAAAGCGCCAAAAGACGCGACGGAUUUGCUUCACGAGAUAGAAAAUUAUUUAAAACCAGGAGAAGAGGUGCAAGAGAGAAGAAUUGAAAAGUUGAAGGAAUUGUCCACCAUUGUUUUCGGUACAGAGAGAUUGCCACAAUUCAACGAGGUGAUAGUAGAAAAUCGUCAAAUGUUGGACUCUUUCACGGUCGUUUCAUCCGAGCUUCGUACGUUAGUUCAGAACUUGAAGAAUGCCGAAGACUUGCAAGAGAAAUUGAGAAUCGAGAAACAGGAAGCCGACGAGAAAUUACAAGCAGCCAAAGUGGAGAUGGCCGCUGCAGCUGCAGCCAGAGAGGAAGCUGAAAAUGCGAGGAAGAUCGCUGAAAAAUUGGCGGCUGAAACAUUGGAAAAGGCUGCGACCGAAGUAAAAACGUUGAAGGAGGAAAGAGAGGCUCAAACUAUGUCUGCUCCUCCAUCCUUUUCUGUAUCUGCACAGACUGAGAAGAUUGAAAAAACUGACGAGAGUUAUGUUCAGGAAACUGUUACUUCCGCUGUUACCACCAAAGAGAUACAUAUUUUGCAAAAGACGGAGAUCGAAAAAACCGUUCCAUUGAUUCAACGUGAGCCAAGUCCAGGGAAAAAGAUUGUCACUGAAGAGAUUCACGAAAAAUCUGAAAAGAUAGAAAAGGAUGAUGUACCACCAUUAGCCCCCGAAUUUACAAUUCCUUUGAACGAUGCAACUGUGCAAGAGGGUGAGAAAUUCUCCUUCCAAUGCAAUCUCGUUGGUCAUCCAUUGCCUGAAGUAGUUUGGUACAAGGAUGGAAUUUCGAUUUUGAAUAAUCCUGAUUACCUGACCACUUAUGUUCGUGAUGUAUGUACUUUGACCAUCGAGGAGACUUUUGCUGAAGAUUCUGCCAAGUACACUUGCCGAGCUUUUAAUAUCGCUGGUUCGGCUGAGACAUCGGCGACAUUGACCGUGAAAGAAACAGCACCUGAAGAACAACCAAGUCCUCCGGUUUUCGUGAAAGAAUUAGUACCCUCGACAGCAAUCGAAGGCUCUUCUCAUCAAAUGGAUUGCGUUGUCGAAGGAAAUCCUCUGCCAACAGUUCAAUGGUUCAAAAAUGACGUUAACAUUGAUAAUUCACCAGACUACAUAAUUACAUAUAAUAAUGGUGAAGCUGUUUUAAAAUUCGAAGAAGUGCUCCCAGAAGAUAAAGCGAUUUACAUGUGUAAGGCGACUAAUCGACUGGGUCAAGCUUCGAGUUCCGCUUCUCUCAAUGUCCAACGUACAGAGUGUACCACAGAAAAACCACAAUUUGUUACACCCCUAUCAAAUGCCAUGGGUAGAGCAGGCCAAAGGGUGAAACUUGAGUGCGAAGCAAGGGGAAAGCCCAUGCCCACCUUGACUUGGUACCACGAUGGAAGACCAGUCGAAGAAACCAUGAACUUGAAGAUACAGACUGACGGUGGAAGGAGCAGUUUGAUCAUCUCGGAAGCUUUCGCGAAGGAUGCCGGAUGUUACAUGGUCGUCGCCAAGAACGACGCUGGCGAGGCCACGGUGUCCUGUAACGUGUCGGUGAAAGGACGACUUCCUCACGAAACUAGCGAUUCGGAAUUUGCUUGUAGCGACAUGGAGCCUGUGGUUCCAAAGAUUCAAAUGCCUUUGAAGGAUCUGAGAGUGCAAGAAGGUCGAUCCGUCAGAUUGGAUUGCGUGAUUGUUGGACAACCUGAACCGGAGGUGAUAUGGUACCACGAUGAUCAGCCAGUGAAAGAAUCAGCCGAUUUCCAGUUAUUAUUCCAGGGUGACAAGUGUACCUUGCUCAUCCACGAGGCUUUCUUGGACGAUGCCGGUUUAUAUAAAGUAGUCGCCAUUAAUUCAGGCGGUGAAGCUUCUAGUCAGUGCACGUUAACUGUAACGCCGGUCACUGUUACCCAUGAAUUAGAAAAAACUCGAACGGAAGUCGAGGAGACGGUGACCGCAGGUUCACCCCCGAAAUUCGUGAAACUUCCAACAGAUUCGUUGAUAGCCGAAGGUGAAAAUGCCAUUUUUGAGUGUGCAGUGGUUGGCGAACCGAAACCGGAACUGAAGUGGUUCUCUGACAGUGGAGAGAUCAGUGAAAGCGAACGAAUUCGGAUCCAACGGAAGGAGGAUGGAACGAGUAUCCUGAGGAUCUUAUCAGCGAUCCCCGAGGACAAAGGAAAUUAUGUGGUGAAAGCUUUCAAUGCACACGGGGAAGCUAAGGCUUUCGCUAGAUUGGUCGUGAGAUCGUUGGGUGAUUUUCGAAGGAAAGAAGAAUUCGUGCAGAUGGAAGAGAAAUUAAUUGCUCCGACGUUUAAGGAGAGAUUCGAGGACAGAAAAGUACUUGAUGGGGUUUCUACAAAGUUCGAGUGCAUCGUGGUUGGAAAACCGUCACCAAAAAUUCAAUGGCUGUUUAACGAUCGUCCUGUUCAUGGCAAGGAUUUCUUGGUAUCGGUCAGCGGAGAUCGGCAGGUACUGACGAUUCCAGAGACCGGAAGCACGCAUGUCGGUACGAUUUCCUGCGUGGCGGAGAACGCUGCUGGCAAAGCGACUUGCACCGCUCGGCUAGAAAUCGGAGGCUCGGAGGUGCAGAGGGAUAAAAAGGAGGUAGUAGAAGAGAAGGUUUACGAAUUGGUAGAAAGAAUACCCGGCGACGAGAUGCAUGCAUCGAGCAGCAGCGAUAAACACUUCUCCGCGGAGAAGUCCGAAAUUGGAGGUGAGAAUAAAGUGCUGACGAAGAUGUCGGAGACCAUCACGGAAUCCUCGACCACUCAUAAGACCUUGAAGAAGGAGUAUAUCUCGUCGUCGAUGUCUUCGAGUGUGGGUGCGCCUGGUCAAGAACCAACUAGCGUUUGCGUGAAGAGUACUGUUCAUAGUACGGAACAAUCAUCUUCGGCGGAUGGAGCACCUCCUGUCGUACAGUCGUACAAAGUGGAAGAACACGAGAAGAUAAUACAGGAUCAGCCAGGUGAAAUUCGUCAGGAGAGAACAGUGGUAGUGUCCCAAGAUGAGGAAGGAAUCAAGCGUGAUAUCAAAGCGACACAAAUACCAAAGCCAGUUAGAAAAUCUACUGCGCCAAGAUUCGUAUCACCGGUCACAGGAAUGAUCGUGGAUCAGGGUAGUGACAUCGUUCUCGAAGGAAUCAUCGAUGGUUUCCCUCAGCCUGUAGUGAUCUGGUCAAAGAAUGGACAAGAAUUGAAAACGAAGGAUAGUAUGACGAUCACUUACUCGCACAAUCAUGUUCGUUUAGAGCUGAAAAAUGUGAACGUUAAAGAUGCAGGAAGGUAUACUUGCACUGCGAGCAAUGAAGUUGGUUCUGCGAGUAGUACUGCGGAUCUCGUUGUCAAAAAAACGAUAUUCCCACCGGUGUUUGGUAGAAGACUGCAAGCUCAACUGGUGAAACGAGGAGAUCGCGUUAACAUGGAAGUGGAGAUCACUGGAACCCCGGAACCCACAGUUUCCUGGUUCAAGGAUGACAUCCCCAUUAAAGAACGUCCACCCGAGCUACGAAUCAAGCAGCAAGGAAAUUGUUACAUGCUGAUUAUGGAGAAAGCUGCGAAAGAACACGCUGGAAAAUACAUGGUUCGUGCGACAAAUGCCGGUGGUGAAGCACAAAGCAUAGCUGAUUUCGCUGUUUUCGAACCAACGCCAGACACGAUGGUCGAAGUUCACAAAACUGUCAUCUACGAUGUGCAGGACAAAAAAGUGAUGCAGUCCGACGAAAAGAAGGCGGAAGUUCCUUCCAGCAAGCAUCUGACGAGCGAACAGGUAUCAACAACAAAGAUCCAACCAGCUGCAACAAUAAAAACAACACCCACCACUAUGUCCACCUCGAUGGCUCAAACGAGCCGCACUGUAGAAAAAAUCAAAGAACCGGAUACUGAGUUGUGUCGAUCUGAGAAGAUAUCGUCUACAGUGGAAUCCCAUCAAAUGGAAAGAAAAUCAGAACAGAAGUACCAUAUGAAAUUGGAGCACAAGAUGCCGAGCAUAGUCGAACCGAAAAUCGAAGGGAAGACGGUGAUAAAGGAAGUGAUUCGCGAAGAGGUGAGAAGUAGCGAGCCAAAAAGCACAUUGAUCGAAGAGAAGAUUGAAAAUGAAAAUGUAGAGACAUCGAGAAUAGCGAAGAAGGAUGCGUUGAGCUUCUUCGAGUCGAUGACUAGAGAAACAGAAACAAUUCCGAAAGGACCUAAAGAGAUGAUCAAAUUAGUGGACGAUGCUGAUGGACACGAAGUGAAGGUUGGAAAAUUGACGAAGAAUUACGAGAAAUCCACCAGCUUCCAGGAGGUGAAGAAACCAGAAGUCAAGCCUCCGGAAUUGCAGACCACGAAGAAGGCUGUUCAUGAGAUCUUCACGAAAUUGGAACAAGGGAGUACACCUUCUCGUGGUGUUGACAACAAGCUCUUCGACUUCCCGUACGAACCUUAUAAACCAACCAUGGAAACGAAGAAGACGGUGGUAGAAGAAACGAUCAGCUCAGGCUCGUCGUCCCUUCAAAGUUCCAUGACCAUGUCGAAGAUGGAGAGCAAGAGGGAGAGUAAGAUGGAGAGUAAGAGCUCUGAGCUACUGUUGGAAGGUUUCAAUUUGGUACCAGAACCUCCGCCAGAAAUCGGUUACAUGCCAAAGCCAGAGGAGGUGAAAAAAAAACGCCCUGAAGUGUCCAUCAAGGCUAAACAGCUCCAAGAGUCCUUCGACAAAACCCUGUCCCCUAUCGACGCUCCAAUUGGAGGCGUCAAAAUCUUCCCAUCACCUUCUCCAAAAAUCCCUGAAACUCCCAAGGUUGUACCUCCAUCGUUCUCCAUGCCACCUCCACCGUUUCAACUCGAGAAGAAAGAGAUAGUCGAAGAGGUGUGUAUCAAGAAGGACGUCCAUGAGAAAAGGGAGCCUCAGCCGUUAGUGAGACCAAUCUCUCCCAGCAGACCUUGGUCUUCUUCUUCGGACGUGGAGACCAGGUCACAAAUGUCCACCGAUUUGUCAGAAUACAGGUGUCAUUCUGCAGCUUCUAGUCAUCAAGAGAUCCUGAGGUCCAGUUCACCUAGACCUUCCGCCGAUGGUUUGGCGAUGGAAAAAUCUUGGGCCAAGAAGUGUGCUGAUUCUACCAGAAAAUCAUGGCCUCCUCAGGAAGACACUCCUAUCAAGUACAAACAAGAGUGGCAAAUGCCUGGAGAGGAUUACAAGACUUCUUCGAAGGAAUUUAAGAGAGAAGUUGAAGAAACGCCUGAAGGGGGUAUCAAGAAGACCAGUAUGGAGUCUUCCAGUACAACGGAGAGACGAUCCUGGAGCAGCAAACAGGAAACCAUGGACAAGAUGUCCAAAAGAGCUCCAUCGCCUCCAAAAAUACAGCCCAUCAUCUACAAUGCAGAAACCAUCAAGGUAGACCACACUGUGAACAAGAUCGAAGAGAAAUCCCUGUACGAGAAGUACAUCAGCGAGUGUGACGUGAAGAAAUCCCAGAAGUCUGAGAAACUAGAAGAGUACAGUUCAAAGAAGUGGACAGGUGCCGAGGAUUUAAAAGCACCUGGACUGGUUAGAAGCCUGGAGACACCAAAAAAACCAGCGCCUCCGUUGUACCGACCUGUUGAACCGAUACCGACUGACCAGAUCAUCCUGGAACCAGGCCCACCGCCCGAAAUAGGAUACAUCCCAGCUCCAGUGGUCAGAGAGAAAAAGAUAGAACAAAUAGAGAAAACCUUAGAAGUGUCACUGGAACACAAACCGGCUAAAAUUCCUCCAGGAGGCAUCAGAACCAUCCCUCCAGCACCCAAGAAAGAAGAACCCCCUGCAUUGCCACCAAAGGACGUUCGAAUUCCUCCACCACCAUUGCCUGCCAAACAGCCAACCCCCGUGGAACCUUUGGAACCCUUUCCAUUUAAACCAUCUCCAUCACCCAGCAUCAAGACACCCAAGGUAGCUGUUCCUCCUUCAACUCCAUCAAAGUUCGUUAAGGGUUCCUUCGGUAUGGAAAGCGACUACGAGUCGGACAUGGACAGCCACAUGAAAGCGAAAUGGCGACCAUACGAAAGCGACAACGAAGAGCCUCGUUACCGAAGAGUGCAGCCGCCAGUGCCGAAACAACCGAGACCAAGGUCCACCGAGCCUGAACCACUCCCUCCAUCCAAGUUCGAGGUUCCUUCAGAAUCCACGGGUCUUCCUAGACCCGCGGUGACUAAGGAGCAGCAGGAGAAGAUGUACAAGAAAACUACAACGUUUAAAAGGCAGGAGAAAGAAACGAAACAACAGAAGUAUCAGGUGGUUCAACCACCACCGGUGGAAUUAAAGCCUGGUUCACCUCCCAUUUACGUUCAACCAACCACCAAGAGUCCCACGCCUAAGAGUCCACCGGCUAAGAAACCAGAAUCUCCGAAGUUCAAGGUGAAGACCUUCCAACAGGAAAGUGGUUACAUGGCAGACACCGACGAACCAUUGCAGCAGAAGUCGUCGGUUGCUUCUUUGUCGAAGAGCUUCGGUAAACAGGAGUCUUCGUCGUCUAUGUCGUCGCACAUGGAGUCGCGGACUUCAUACUCGGAAAGUCGGUCAGAAUACUUUGAGAGUAAGAGUUACGACAGCCGUCAGCAGCAACAGAAAAAGGAAUCGUUCGCUCCGUCUGCGCCAUCGAGCGUUAAACAACCCCCUCAGCAACGUAGCUCUUUCGUCGAGAAGAGCUAUGCUUCCUCUGCGGUUACCUCGUCGCCGAGAUUCAUGUCCGCCAAGGAAACUGUUUAUACCACGGAUCAAUCGCACAAAAAAUUCGAAGCACCGAAGAAAAUCCUGCCGCCAUCUCCGAGUCCUUCGAGAUUCGUAAAGGGCGAAUUUCGUGAAAGCGACUACGAGAGCGACUACGACGGUAGAAUACCACCCCUUUGGAAACCGCGAGGAUACGAAAGCGACGAUCAGUCUUUCAGAACCGUGAAACCGAAUCUCGCUGGUCCAGGAAAGCCGAAGGUGCAACGCGAGGACACUUCGAGGCUGAUCGAAGAAGCUUCGACGCGAGCGCAGAAAGCGAAGACGUUCGAGAAGAGGGAGGAGAGGGUGGCGACCAAGCCGAAGACAGUUCUUCUUCCUGGUUCGCCACCGGAAAUCGCGUACGCGCCUCCUCAACCUCAGCCGACAUACUACGAGGCUAGAUCUGGUAUUCCUUUCCACAACGCGAUCGGCACGGAGACCAAGAAGACGGUGAGGAUGGACGAAUCGACGGAGAACAGCAGAAGGAUCGUCACUGUCGAGCAAACGAGUCGAGUGAUCAAAUUCGGUGAUAAUCAGAAAUCGGCUGCCGAUUUCGACAGCUUCGAUUCGUCCUCUGCUCAAAAGCAGAAGACGCAUUACAAGGUACCAACCCCUAAGAAGUUCGUCCAAGGUCAGUUCAGAGAGUCCGAUUACGAGAGCGACAUCGAUACGAGGAUCAAGCCUAAAUGGGCACCUCCGGAGAGCGACAGCGAGGAACCUAGGUACAGGAAGGUUCAACCACCUACCACGAAGACAACGAGAUCGUCGAGCGCUCCUGUCAGACAGGAACACGUGGUAUCACCGAUGGAAUUCGACACAGGACCAACGGUGCUGAGGAAGCAGACUUCCAUGAGCCAGCUGAGGGACGAAAGAAAGUUCGACGGACAGGUGAAAAGGCAGGUGUCUUCGAGGCAGGAAGAGACCCUGAAGCCAGGUUCGCCGCCUGAGUUUGGAUACAUCUCGAGGAGCGACGUGAAGAAGGCUGCCAAUCACGUCGCGUCGCGUCACAUGAGCGACAUGACCAGCAGCUUCAAGUCGAAAACCGAAAAGUUCGUGACCGAUAUCCAGUCGGACUUGAAGCAGGGCAAACCGAUCCUGAAGCAACCGGUCGACGGUAGAGCCAGCGAUGCUGACGAGCCGAGAACUUACAGAGAAGAAUCGCGACUCUCGGAACAUGGAACGAAGCAAAUUGAUCCAGACACCGGACUGAUAUACUUCAAGUACGACUUCGGCUACGAGUUCGGCAUCGUGUUGCCCGGCGAAGGGAAGAAAACGGUGAGCAGUACGAGCAGAAGUGUCCAGGGUCAAAGGCGAGCCAGCGACAUCGAGGUACCGAUCGUCCAUGAAUUCACGACGAGAAAAGAGAACGGUUUCGCGAAGAGGAGCGCUUCUUCGAGUUCGACCGCUCGACAGGGCAAACCUGCUGGAAAAUUUUCUGGUUCGAAAACGGUGAAAUGGGAACCAACGUCCGAAAGCGAAUAUUCCGAAUCGGAGGACAUCAGGAACGCGAGAAAAAGGCAUUCGGAGGGAGGGAACACGAUGACAGCACCCAGUCUCGUUAUACCUUGUUCACCAUCGCCAUCCAGAUGGGAUCACACGACGCCCAGUCCACUUUCCUUGAGCCCAAGCUUACCAAGUCUCUCUCCCAGAUACAGUAGUGCCACUGGACCACCCAGCAACGUCGAUUCCGCAGGAUCACCGUGGCCAACCACCAACGGGGUUGCCUCGAGCAAAGAAGUGAUUCAGCCUUACUUAGAAAUACUACCGAAAAAGGCUCCUCUUUUCAUCACGCCACUGAGAGACAUCGCGGUCGUAAGUGGACAAACGGCAAGAUUCGAAUGCAUCGUUCAAGCUGAACCUCAGCCUAAUAUCCUUUGGUCCAAGGACGGCAGGAUAAUCGAAAAUUCAACGAGCUACGAGAUUCAUUACCGAAACGGAGUUUGUCGUCUCACAAUUGUGCGAGCCUUUCCUGAGGACGCUGGCACAUACGCGUGUACCGCAACGAAUAGCUUAGGUUCGACGGUAACUUCUGCCACCUUGCUGGUGCCAGGUGUACCAUCGCCAUUUUAUGGUACUUAUCGUGACCAAAACUUAAGCGAAAGAUCAGCAGAGAGUCCUCCAAAAUACGUCGCUCUGAGGGACCUAUUUCUACCUCAGGAAAGCGACGUGAAAACAAUUUCAUCGAAUCGUCAACAGCAACAUAAUUCAUCGACGUUCGAAUAUGCUUGGUCCGUGAAUCGCAGUUACGCAGGUGGCAGAUAUCGCGAGAAAGAAAAUGCGACAGAAGAAUGCGUCGAGAUAACGAGUCGAAAUCCGAUAGCACGACGACUCGAGUAUUCCGAUUUCCAGGCGAACGAUUCGUUUCGCGAUGUCGCUGAUUUUUGCUUCGACCGCGAAUAUUCCACCUGCAAUCCGUCCAUAGCGAGGCCACGAAACACCGAAGGUGUUCAAGGAGAGAUUGUGAUGCAGACGACGCCCACGGUACCAGCUUUUACCGGCAGACCCGGUGAUCCAUCGCCGCCGGUCUUCGAGCAGAUUUUCAAGAACGCCAGAUUCGCGCAGGGUGGGAACGCAAUUUUCGAGGGUCGCGUCAGAGGCAACCCGAAACCCACCGUCUCAUGGACGCACAAGGGUGCACCGUUGUUGGAAUCAUGGAAAAUUCGAAUGUCGUACGAUGAGAAAACCGGAGCAGUCACGCUUCAAAUCAAUCAAAUCGGCCCUGGUGACGAGGGCGAAUACACGUGCAGUGCUAAAAAUCAAUAUGGAGAAGCGAUCUGUUCCGUUUACAUUCAGCCAGAGGGAUUCGGACCUCCGCCUCAGCAGCAGAUCGGUGGCUACCGGAAGGAGUACGCGCAAACCUUCCAGUCCACCGAGCAAAAGAGUCAAACCGGAAGUCAAAGCUUCCAGCAGCGCAGCUAUCAGCAAACGAUCGACAAACGAAGCUAUGUUAACGGUACCAGUACCAGCAUCGAAGAUUUCAAGGUGGACACGUUCGAAUACAGACUCCUGCGCGAAACCGAAUUUCGAGAAUCCAUUACUCGCCGUUUCGUGGGCGAAUCGGACGUACAGAUUUCGACGGUCGUAGACCGAAGCCUGGGACCGGUUGCACCUCCGCAAAUCUCCCAAAAGCCGAGAAAUUCAAAGCUGAUCGAAGGAUCCGACGUUGUUUUCACUGCGAAGAUAUCUGGAAAUCCGAAACCAAGAUUAACUUGGUUCAAAAACGGCCAAAGGAUCCGUGAAUCUCAACGCGUGGAGAUGAGCCACUCGAACCAACAGGCCUCUUUGAGGAUCAGAGUCGCGCUGCCGGAAGACAGCGGCCAUUACACCUUGCUCUCAGAAAACCCUCAAGGUUGCACCGUUAGUUCUGCAUAUCUGGCGAUCGAAUCGAGCGAUCAAGUGGAUCAAGCUUAUCAGACACCGAGGGAGAGCGUGAAAACACCGCAAGUAGAAUCGACCGGCGAAUCAGACUCUGGCAAGGUUCUACCGCCGAAUUUUGUUCGCACCUGCACCGAUCGUGAUGCUACCGAAGGAAAAAUGACUAGGUUUGAUUGUCGCGUAACCGGCCGUCCGUAUCCGGAAGUAACUUGGUACAUAAACGGGCAACAAGUGGCCAAUGAUCUGACCCACAAGAUCCUCGUCAACGAAUCCGGAAACAAUUCUCUGAUGAUUACGAACGUCAGCCGCGCGGACGCCGGCGUCGUAACCUGCGUCGCGAGGAACAAAGCCGGUGAAACGUCGUUCCAAUGCAAUCUGAACGUCAUCGAGAAGGAACAAGUUGUUGCGCCUAAAUUCGUCGAACGAUUCACAACGACGAACGUGAAAGAAGGAGAACCUGUUGUGUUCAUGGCACGCGCUGUUGGAACUCCUGUACCUAGAAUCACCUGGCAGAAGGAUGGAGUGCCGAUAACACCUGGACCGGAUGUGCGCAUAUUAACGGACGGUAGCGGAGCUUCAACUUUGGAUAUACCCUGCGCAAAAUUAUCAGACGCAGCUUGGUACCAAUGUACAGCACAGAAUGUAGCCGGCUCGACAGCUACUCGAGCUAGGCUUUUCGUGGAGACACCGAAAGGAGCAGCCCCCGAACCAAGACGCCUGAAUUUACCCCGACCGACGAAAGUCAUCGAACCAGAACCUGCGCCUGGCCCCGAAGUGAUCUAUUUGAGACACGUGGAACGCGCCAAACCAUAUUUGCCUCCACCAGAAGAGGACAGAGUUUAUCCACCACCGCGUUUCAUCAUACCAUUAAGGGACGUCCAUCAGAUCGAGGGUGGACGAAUUCACUUCGAGGCCAGAAUCGAACCGGUGGGCGAUCCCACCAUGAGGGUAGAGUGGUACGUUAAUGGAAGAGCUCUCGACGCGAGCUCCCGUGCGACUUCCAUUUUCCGAUUUGGCUUCAUCUCUCUCGACCUAAUCAGCAUAAUUCUUCAAGACAGCGGCGAAUACGUAUGCCGCGUCGUAAGUUCGACCGGAGUCGCUGAAUCUCGAGCUACCCUCAGCGUGACACCACGCGCAACAAUCGAACAGGCUAGCCAACACCCCGACAGCCUCCAGUACAUUCAACAGCUCGAGGAUUACAGCAAGUACCAAAGGCAGGAGAGUGUGGAGGAGAUCUCUUCACAGCGGCCGGCCUUCAUCCGACCACUCCAGGAUCUAGGAGAAUUACAGGAAGGACGAAACGCCCAUUUCGAGGCGCAACUCACUCCUGUAAGUGAUCCGACGAUGAAAGUGGAGUGGUACAAGGAUGGUAGGCCAAUCACAGCUAGCUCAAGAAUCACAACCAUCUUCAACUUCGGAUACGUCUCGCUCAAUAUAUUGCACCUACGAGCUGAAGAUGCCGGUUCUUAUACUGUCAGAGCUGUGAACCGCUUGGGAGAGGCCGUCAGCUCCGCAUCUCUCCGUGUCUAUGCACGCACAAGCGUUACUACUGACUUGGGAAUCCCCGAGCAACAGAGGUACAUCGAGGCUGCCGAGGAAUUGGAAGCAUAUCAGCAGGCUAUGCACCAGAAAUACGUGCAGGAACAGCCUGAACCGACCAGCCCGCCGGAAUUCAAAUCUCCUAUUAAGGAUCAGAACAGCAUACGAGAAGGCGGUUUUGCUCAUUUCGAAGCCCGCCUAGAACCAGUCGGCGAUUCUGAUCUGAGAGUUGAAUGGCUUAAGGAUGGACGCCCUGUAGAAGCUAGUUCACGUAUCACGACAUUCUUCAACUUCGGUUACGUGGCACUGACCAUCAAAUACGUAACCAUCCACGACGUCGGCAUAUACACCUGUCGAGCUUACAACCGCGCAGGUGAAGCUCACACGACAGCUCAAUUAAGCGUGAUCAGCAAGAACGACGUAAUUUACGACAGUCAACAUCCAACUGGAUUACAAAAGAUCCAAACUUUGGAAGAUUCCAGCAGAUACUCGCGACAGGUUCAAGAAGAGACACAAGUUACCCAAGCUCCAAGAUUCUUGGGCACCCUGAAGGGAACAAAUAAAAUCGUCGAAGGUCAACGUGCUCAUUUCGAGGCUCGUGUCGAACCUCAGAGCGAUCUGACUAUGACUAUCGAAUGGUAUCACAAUGGGAAAGCCAUCACUGCUGCGAACAGGAUUCAAACUUAUCACGAUUUUGGAUACGUGGCUAUUGAUAUUCUUCAAGUCAGACCCGAAGACGCUGGUACUUACACUGUGGUCGCUAGAAACGCCCUUGGAGAGGCUCGAUUGUCUGCUACUAUGGUUGUAGAAACACGUUCGAGCGUGGAUACCAGCAGCAUGCAUCGAACAUCGUACGAGAAGACCCAGCGUCUCGAGGAAUCAAAGUUCGUCGAACCUCAAUAUCAUAUCGAAGAAAUAUCGAAAUCAAAGCCUAUCUUCGUUCAACCCUUAAGCGACCCUAAACCUGUGAGCGAGGGUAAAAAUAUCCAUCUGGAGUGCCGUUUGGAACCAAUGGGAGAUCCAACGAUGAGAGUCGAAUGGUUCCAAAACGGUCGUCCAGUUACCGUUGGCUCCAGAUUUAGAACCUACUAUGAUUUCGGUUUCGUCGCUUUGGAUAUCGUACAUUCAACUGUCCUCGAUUCCGGGGAAUUCACUGUCAGAGCUACUAAUCAUCUUGGCACUGCUCAUACUUCGGCAUGCGUUCGAGUCAUUGGAAAAUCUGAUAUCGUUACUGAAACUCAGCACGAGCAGUCGCUCGAGCAGAUUCAGAUGCUCGAAGAUGCAGCCAGAUACCGGAAAACUCAACAAGAAGAGGUGACGGUAAUGCAAGCACCCCAGUUCACGCGACCAUUGCACAACAUAGAAACAGUAGAACUGACGAAUGUCCAUCUGGAAUGUCGUCUCCAACCAGUAGGCGAUGCCACGAUGAAGGUCGAGUGGUUCGUGAACGGUAGACCAGUGAAAACUGGACACAGAUUCAGACCUUCCUACGAAUUCGACUACGUGGCUCUAGACAUACUUGGUGUCUAUCCUGAAGACUCAGGGGUGUACACUUGCCAAGCUAGAAAUCAGCUCGGCGAAGCAGUCACUUCGUGUUCGGUUAGAGUACAUGCGAAGAAAGAUUUGUUAUUGGAGUCUCAGCAUCCUGAAGGAUUAGAGAGGAUUCAAUACCUGGAAGAUGCUUCCAGGUACAAGAGACACGAACUAGUUGACGAAGUGGUGAAAGUUAAGCCGAGAUUUGUCACUGCUCCGAAGAAUCAGGAAAAUCUUCACGAAGGACAACAUGCUCACUUUGAGUGCAAAUUGGAACCAGUGACGGAUUCGAAUUUGAAAGUCGAGUGGUACAAAAAUGGUCGUCCAGUUACAGUAGGACACCGAUUCCGUCCGAUACACGAUUUCGGCUACGUUGCUCUGGACGUGAUCGACUUGAUUGCCGAAGACUCUGGCACCUACACCUGCCGUGCUGUCAACCUUGUUGGCAGUGACGAAGUGUCGUGCAGUCUCACCUGUCGAUCUACUGCUCAGGUUUUAACGGACACGAAGAACGAGCAGGGUCUCGAACAGAUUCAUUACUUGGAGGACAGAAGCAAGUAUCAAAGAAGGGAAGAUAUCGAAGAGACAACCACUCAAGCGCCGAUAUUCACUACUUCCCUCAACAAUGUGGAGAUCAAAGAAGGUCAGAGAGCUCAUUUCGAGUGCAGACUGAUCCCAGUGUCCGAUGCAACGAUGAAAGUGGAAUGGUUCCAUAAUAACAAGCCAGUUAAAGCUGGAUCUAGAUUCGUUGAAACAAACAGUUUUGGCUUCGUGGCUCUAGACAUUAUGUACGCUUACCCUGAAGACUCAGGAACGUACACUUGUCGAGCAAAGAAUAUCAUUGGAGAGGCGAUUACUUCAGCUACCGCUAACGUUCACUCGAAAAAGUCGAUCUAUACAGAAACUCAGAACGAAGAGACUCUCCAACGACUUCACCAUCUGGAGGAUACUUCCCGAUACCAACGUAAAACCACAACAGAGGAGAUCGUUACUCAAGCUCCAGUUUUCACGAUGCCUAUUAAAGAUCUGAAAGUUGCUGAAAAUCAAGCAGCUCAUUUCGAGGCUCGUGUGAUUCCUGUUGGCGAUUCAAAAUUGAAAGUCGAAUGGUUGCGAAAUGGAGUUCCAAUCGCAGCUUCAAAUCGCGUGACAACGAUGCAUGAUUUCGGAUAUGUCGCUCUGAACAUGAAAUACGUGAACCCUGAAGACUCAGGUACCUAUACUUGCCGUGCAGUGAACGAUCUUGGAGAAGCAGUAACAUCAGCAACACUGUUUGUCCAGUCCAAGGCGGCCCUGCAAUUCGAGUCGCAGCACGAGAGCGCUCUAUCGAAACUGCAAGCUCUGGAGGACACGAGCAGAUAUCAACGUCACGAGGAAGAAGAGAUCGUGGUGAAAGAAAAACCAUCGUUCACAGUCCAACUGAACGGACCCACAAACCUGGUCGAAGGCCAAAGCGCACACUAUGAGUGCCGCAUCGAGCCUUAUCCAGACCCGAACAUGAAAGUGGAAUGGUUCCAUAAUGGCAAACCAUUGUCCACUGGUCACAGGUAUAGAACCACCUGUGAUUUUGGAUUUGCUUCGUUGGAUGUCCUCACGGUUUAUGCUGAAGACUCUGGUACAUACACUUGCAAGGCCACCAAUAAACUGGGAUCGGCGCAGAGUUCGAUCAAACUUGACGUGAAAUCUCGCGCCUCGAUUAUUCGUGAAACACAACACGAGAGUGCUUUGAAGAAGAUCCAAUAUCUCGAAGACGAUUCACGUUACAAACGUGUGGAUCAAGAAGAUCUGAUCAUCGCUGAGAAACCGAAAUUCGGUCGUCCAUUGAAAAAUAUCGAACAUUUGCCAGAAGGCAAGAGUGCUCAUCUCGAGGCGACUUUAACGCCUGUCAAUGAUCCCACUAUGGUGGUUGAAUGGUUCAGAGAUGGUAGACCUAUUCCUCAAGGACACAAAUUUAAGACCACUUAUGAUUUUGGAUACGUUGCUCUGGAUAUUCUCUAUGCUUACCCAGAAGAUUCUGGAACUUACAUGUGCAAAGCGAGGAACGCUGUUGGCGAGGCUGUCACUACUUGUGUCAUCAGCGUUGACUCGAAACAGGGCUUGUUCCUGGACACCUUGGAUGCUCAACGAUUGCAGAAGAUUCGCGAAUUAGAGACUGUAGAGGUGAAACAAGAGGUUGAAAAAGAGAUUGUACACCAGAAGCCCGUGUUCCUGACACCGCUGAACAACCUGGAUCACCUAAAGGAAGGUGAACAUGCUCACUUGGAGUGCCGUGUCGAACCUAUCAAUGAUCCAAAUCUGAAGAUAGAAUGGUUCGUCAACGGAGUCGCUGUAAAAACAGGACAUCGUUUCCGUAAAACACACGAUUUCGGCUAUGUGGCCCUUGAUAUUCUUUACACAUACCCUGAAGACUCUGGCACUUACAUGUGCAAGGCUACAAACUUGGCUGGCGAGGCUGUCAACACGUGUACCAUCAAGGUUGGCUCUCGUCGCAGUAUUCUGUUAGAUACCCAACAUCCUGAUGGCCUUGAAAAGAUCCGUGAACUCGAGGCUCAAGGACACCCAGCUCGCUUAGAAGUUGAAGAACCACCAGUGACACCACCGAGAUUCGUCACUGAACUCAGGGGUACCACUGAGGUAUACGAAGGACAAACUGCCCACUUCGAGUGUCAAAUUGAGCCUCUUCACGAUGCCAACUUAAGAAUCGAAUUCUUCCAUAAUGGCAAACCAUUACCAUCAGCUUCAAGGUUCCACGUGACAUUCGAUUUCGGCUACGUGGCUUUGGACAUCGGCCACACAGUUCCUGAAGAUGCUGGAGAAUAUUCUGUCCGUGCCAUCAACGCUCUUGGACAAUGUGUUUCCUCCAUCGAGCUGAGAGUUAUCCCCAGAGACAACAUCAUUCUGGAUUCUCAACGUCCUGAAGGAUUGGAUAAAAUCCGAGAAUUGGAGGCACAACAACCCUGGAAGAGACCUGAUAUUCCGGAACCUCAGACGAGACAGAGACCUGUAUUUACUCAACCAUUGCAAAAUAUCGAUGCUAUUCCUGAAGGACAAACUGCUCACUUCGAGUGCAGGUUGAUACCUGUGGGAGAUCCUACUUUGAAAGUCGAGUGGUUCAGAAAUGAAAUUCCACUUGAAACAAGUUCACGAAUCACCAAAGUCCACGAUUUUGGAUACGUAUCCCUGGAUAUCAACCAUGUGCGUGAAGAAGACGAAGGUGUUUACAUGUGUCGUGCUUCCAAUCCACUCGGUGAAGCUGUCACCACUGCUUCCAUGAAAAUCAAGAGCAAAGCAAGUAUACAGUUAGAUACGCAGCACCCUGAAGCGCAACGUAAGAUCGCCCAAUUAGAAGCUGACAAACCUAGUCGACCCGAAGAGCCAGAGAAGGUAUUUGACAAACCCAUCUUCACACAAUUAUUGACUGGACCCACAGAACUCUGGGAAGGUCAAAUGGCCAGAUACGAGUGCAGAGUAGUUCCGGUUGGUGAUGCAAGUUUGAGAUUCGAAUGGUACAUCAAUGGUGUUGAAUUAAAAAUGGGAUCUCGUUUCCACGUGAGUCACGACUUCGGUUACGUGACCCUGGACAUUCUGAAAGUGAUAACCGAAGAUUCCGGUGUGUACACCUGUAAAGCGAUCAACAAAGCCGGUGAAGCGGUUUCCUCAAUUUCCCUCAAGGUGAAAGCUCGCUCGGCAAUCGAUGCCGACAGUAUCCAACCCGAUGCCUGGCAGAAGAUUCAGCUCAAAGAAGCCGAAAUGAACAAAGUACCGGAAAUGUUCGUUGAUACAACACCUCAGCAAGCUCCGGUGUUCACGAAACACCUUGAAAGCUUCGACAAACUCGUGGAAGGUCAACAUGUCUAUUUAGAAGCUCAAGUAGAACCAAGAGCUGAUCCAAAUCUCCGCGUAGAAUGGUUCAAGAACGGUAUAUCUCUUCAAACUGGAACGAGACUUCGCAGCACCUUCGACUUUGGUCUGGUGACCUUGUCCAUCAAUGGGUUAAGACCAGACGAUUCAGCCAUUUAUACUUGCAAAGCUACCAAUCUGCUUGGCGAAGCUGUGUCCACCUGCAGCUUGAAGAUCGUCGAUCGUCAUUGGCUUCUGGGUGACACUCUUCAUCCCGAUGCUCUUCCUAAGAUCGACGCGCUGGAACAACCUCACGUUACGUCGGCAGAGCAACCAGAGCCUAUCUACGAAGAACCAGUUUUCAUUACCCAUUUGAACAACGUGGAAUGCGUGGAAGGUGACAACGUGCACUUCGAGUGCAACGUGGAACCCUCGAAAGACCCGACCAUGAAGAUCGAGUGGUUCAUCAAUGGAAAACCCUUGCCUACCGGAGCUAGAUUCAAAUCCACCUACGACUUUGGAUACGUUGCCUUGGACAUCAAUCAUGCUUACGAAGAAGACUCUGGAGUGGUGAUCGUUAAAGCCACUAACUCUAAAGGAUCAGCACAGACGUCUGGUACCUUGAAGUGUACCAGUAAACAGAGCAUCUACCUGCAGACCCAACAUCCUCAGGGAGAGGCUGGUUUGGAGAAGGUGAAAGAAGCUGAGGAUGCUUAUCUGUCCAAAUACAGGAGACCAGAUGAAGGGCCUGAACAUGAAUAUCCAAAACCAAUCUGGACAGUACCUCUGCAACCAGAGUUCAAGCUGGGAGAGUUUGAACCUCUUCAUCUGGAAGGUCAAGUAGAGCCGAAAGACGAUCCAAACCUGAAGAUCGAAUGGUACUUCAAUGGCAAAGUCUUGGAGCAUGCUUCUAGAUUCAAAAUGACCAGCGACUUUGGAUUCGUCACUUUGGACCUGACAGACGUCUACGAACGAGACUCUGGAAUCUACACCUGCAAGGCUUACAACAAGGCAGGCGAGGCCUUCACCUCGACAACCAUUUACUGUUCCACCAAAGAGAAUAUCAUCGAAAGAUCUCAGCAUCCAAAGGGUAAGGAAGGUCUCGAGGCUAUCCAAGACCUCGAAGAGUCGUUGAAACGACAAGAAGGUGCUCCUCCGGAGAGCGAGGAAGGUCAUCCUCCAGUGUUCACCUCACAGUUCGAGAAUCUAACCAACUUAUCCGAAGGAGAGAUCGCUCACUUCGAGGCAUCUCUAACUCCAACAGGUGACCAAACCAUGGUUGUCGAAUGGUUCUACAAUGGAAAGGUGCUGGAAGCUAGUCACCGCAUCAGAACAGUCUACGCCUUUGGCAUGGUUGUUCUCGAGGUGCUUGGAACCAAGAUAGAAGAUUCAGGCACCUAUUCCUGCAGAGCUACGAACAAAUGGGGUCAAGCAGAGAUCAGCGUGGAAUUGCAAUGCGUGGAUAAAUCCAAGGGACAGAAACCUAAAUUCACCACUCAUAUUCAAUCUCUCGAAGGCCUUAAAGAUGGCCAGUCGGCACACUUCGAGUGUACCUUGAUCCCUGUAGGAGAUCCUCAAAUGAAAGUCGAGUGGUUCCAUAACGGUCAACCUUUGAGACACUCGUCAAGGUUCAAGAUGGUCUCUGAUUUUGGAUUCGUCGUGAUGGAUAUCGCUGGAGUGAUGGCUCACGACACUGGCGAGUACGUUUGCAAAGCCAGCAACAAAUACGGCGAAGAUUUCACCAAAGCUACCCUGAAAUGUUUCGGAAAGAGCGGAGUGUAUUUGGACUCCCUGCAGCCGGAUUCUUUAGCAAGGAUCCGAGAGUUGGAGAGCUUCGGCGGUGAGCAACCAACGACACCGACCACUCCAGUAGCUGAACCACCGAAAUUCAUCACUCAGAUUGUCGAUAUUACCAGACUGGUCGAAGGACAGUCUGCUCACUUCGAGGCUAGACUCACGCCCGUAAACGACCCAGAUUUGAAGGUCGAGUGGUAUUACAAUGGCAAGAAACUUCCUCAUGGACACAGAUACAGGACCUUCCAUGAUUUUGGUAUCGUCAUUCUGGAUAUACUGUACUGUUACGAAGAGAAUUCUGGAGUAUACGAAUGCAGAGCUUUCAAUAAGUACGGAGAGGAUACUACCAAGGCAACAUUGAAGUGCUUCUCGAAAGCCAGUCUCAUCUUGGAAUCUCAGCUUCCAAAGGGAAUGGAAGGUGGUCUGGAGAAGAUCCAAACUCUGGAGGAUUCGAUGAUUCGUACGAAAGAUGAGAAGGUUGUCGAAGAACGUGGAAAAGCUCCGAUGUUCACGGUGCCUUUGAGUAACAUCGAUGGACUUCGAGAAGGCGAAAGCGCGCACUUUGAAGCUAGGCUUAUACCCACCGACGAUCCAAAACUAAAGGUCGAAUGGUUCUGGAACGGAAAACCAUUGCGAACCGGCUCUCGUUUCCGUACCUUCUGCGAUUUUGGCUUCGUAAUCCUGGAAAUCUCUCCCAUCUACCCUGAAGACUCUGGCGAAUACAGCUGCAGAGCAACAAACGAGUACGGCGAAGCAGUGACCACCUGCACUAUGAAGUGCACCGGAAAACGUAGCAUAAUCUUGGAAUCUCAAUUACCAAAAGGAAUGGAAAGUACCAUCGACAAGAUCGCGGAAUUAGAAGGUCUUGGAAACGAGCCAGGUCAAGUAACACCGGAAGACGAUACAGGAAAGCCACCGGAAUUCGUCACUACACCGUCAGAUUUGACCCUAACCGAGAACUCUCUGGCACACUUUGAGUGCAGACUGACACCCAUCAACGAUUCCAGCAUGAGGGUCGAAUGGUUCCAUAAUGGAAAGCCUUUGCUAGCUGGAAGUAGGAUUAAAACUAUCCACGACUUUGGUUUCGUUAUUCUUGAAGUGGCUAAUUGUUACCAAAGAGAUUCUGGUCUCUAUACUUGCAAAGCAACCAAUCGUCACGGCGAAGCUACAGUGAACUGUAAAUUGCAAGUACGUGGUCGUCAAGGUAUCAUCCUGGAACCUCAGCUUCCGACUAACUUCAAGACCGGAACAGAAAGUAUCCAGAAACUGGAGGAGGCUUUGUACAAACGUGACGAGAUACUGACCGAAGAGGAAACACCUAAUCCUCCUAAAUUCACCGUGGAACUGAAGGAUAUCGAGGUUGAAGAAGGAGCACCCAGUCACUUCGACUGCAGGGUCGAACCAGUGGGCGAUUCUACGAUGCGUAUCGAUUGGUUCCAUAAUGGACGAUCAUUUGCUACUGGCUCCAGAGUUCACCAGAUCAAUGACUUUGGAUUUAUAUCUUUGGAUAUGUCUUAUACUUACGCCAGGGACAGCGGUGAAUACGUAUGCAGAGCUACGAAUAAAUGGGGAUCUGCUACUACCAAAGCGACCAUCACUUGCAAAUCCAAGAAGACGAUAGACUUCGAUUCUCAACUACCAUCAGGAAUGAGCGGUGAGAAGUUGAAGGAAUUAGAACGUGGACCAGUCAGCGAACCACCUGUCGAGGAAGCACCGCGUCAACCACCAAGAUUCAUCACGCACAUUCAAUCAGCGACGGUGGACGAAUCGGAACCGGUCAGGUUCGAGUGUCGCGUGGAACCGAAAGAUGAUCCAAAUUUGCGUAUCGAAUGGUACAGAAACGGGAAAAUGAUCCCAGCUGGACACAGGUACAGAACCACGUACGACAUGGGAUUCGUGUCCAUGGACAUUCUGUACGUCUACCCUGAAGACUCGGGCGAAUACGUGUGCAAGGCCAUCAAUGAUCUUGGAGAGGACACUACUAGGGCAUCGGUAUCCUGUAAAAAGUUGCCCAGCAUUAUCCUACAGAACCAAGUGCCAAAGGGUAUGAAGAAAUCUGAAGCACUGAUGCAGAUGGAAGCGACAAUUAAGAAAUACACUUCGGAGGUGCACUUGACAGAGGAUGAUCUCUACGAUGCCGACAAGAAACAACCACCUCGAUUCGUCACUCAGAUACUAGAUCAAACUGAGUUAGUUGAAAUGAACAGCUCGAAAUUCGAGUGCCAAUUGGCGCCCGUUGGCGAUCCAAACAUGAAGGUCGAAUGGUUCUUCAACGGCAAACCUCUGCCUCACAAGAACCGAUUUACACCUAUCUAUGAUUUCGGUUACGUGGCCAUGAAUUUCGGUUGGGUGUACCCCGAAGACAGCGGAGAAUAUCUCUGCAGAGCAACGAAUCUUUAUGGAAUGGACGAAACAAGAGCGGUGAUCAGAACUGCCGGUAAACCUGGAAUUAUUUACGAGUCACAGUUGCCAAAGGGCAUGAAGAGUAUCGAGAAGAUCAGAGAAAUGGAAGCUGCAUGGCAAAUAGUACCUGAGGAAGAAGGCGAAGAAGAGAAGGUGCGGGCACCUCCGACAUUCGUCAGCAAACCUGAGCCUGUCACGGUCGAGGAGGGUGAUUGUUCGAGAUUCUGCUGUCGUGUCACGGGUCAUCCACGUCCGCGUGUCAUGUGGAUCAUCAAUGGUCACACUGUGGUCAACGGAUCGCGUUAUAAGCUAACUUACGAUGGCAUGUAUCAUCUGGACAUCCCCAAGACGAGACAGUACGAUCACGGCAAGGUCGAAGUGAUCGCGAGAAGUUCAGUUGGCGAAUCUCGCACUGAAACUACCCUGACAGUGAAACCAAGAAGCGACGAUUAUCGUGGAGUGUUGAAGAACUCACCGAGACCGUGGUAUGAUUACGGGCUGACACAAUACCAAACGGAGCGACAGAAUACAGAACUGGAGAAAGUAUUCGACGAGAGACAUUACAACGUGUCCCAAGGGAUCGAAAUCGCCACGGAACAUCUUGGACAGAAGGUGUUCAAGGAGCCUGAGACCGAUUGGCAGAAAUCGGUGAAGAGCAAGAAGAACGAAGAAUAUUAUAACAAACUGAUGACCCUCGAGGAGGAACAAGUCUUGAAGGAAACGAGACUAAGAGAAUCUAGUCAUCAAUUUGCUAUUCCCGGUGAAAAGGUUGUUGCAGACUCUGUGGCGAAGGGAAUGGCACAGAAAUAUGAAGAAACUUUAGAAGAGAAGAAAGAUGAAAAGACCCAGGAGACAGUUCAACCACCUCCGAGACCCUUGAAGAAACCGCACACGACGGAAGUGGACAUUGACGUGGAACGAAUGAAAGUAACAGGAAAGUAUCCUCCAGGACCAUCGGAGUCCACGGUUCACGGUCGCGAGGUUCACGUGGCUAAACAGAAACAAACGCAGAAAGAGGUGAAAGGCGACCUGGAGAUCACCAGAAAGAUAACUGCGACGGAAACCACCGAAGUGGAGCACAAAGCGAAGACCCAGGAACGUGUUGUUCAGGGUCCAACGAAGCCAGCUAAGCCACCGGUAUUUACAAAGAAGAUCCAACCUUGCAGAGCUUUCGAGCAGGAACAGGCACGAUUCGAGGUCGAGUUCGACGGUGAUCCAUUGCCGACCGUCAAAUGGUAUCGCGAAGAUUUCCCGAUUCAAAAUUCAGCGGAUCUUCAGAUAUACACGUUCAGCACGAAAUCGGUGCUGAUUGUUCGACAAGUGUUUAUGGAGGACUCCGGAGUUUUCUCCGUGAUCGCUGAGAAUCGAGGUGGAAAAGCAAAAUGCAGUGCCAAUCUAGUUGUCGAAGAACGUAGGAGACAACCUGGAAGAGGUGGAGUGAUUCCUCCCAGCUUCCUCUCAACCAUUCAGAACACCUCGGUGACCACUGGUCAACUGGCUAGAUUCGAUGCCAAAGUUACUGGAACUAAACCUCUGGACGUGUACUGGUUGAAGAAUGGCAAGAAAAUCACAGCCGACAUUCGCUACAAGACCCUCGAAGAAGACAACACUUACACCUUGUUGCUUUUGGAGACGGUACCCGAAGAUUCAGGGAAAUAUGAAUGCGUCGCUAUAAACAAAGCCGGAGAAGCACGUUGCGACGCUGAAUGUACGGUACGAGGACCACAAUCACCGGCUAAAUCAGCGAAACCGACGACGCCUGGCGUCGAAAAAGCACCCGCGGUUCUCGAGCCAUUGAAGGACCAGACGAUCAGAGAAGGAACAUCCGUUGCCUUCUCUUGCAGGAUCAGCGGGAAACCAGUACCCACGGUGCAAUGGAAGAAGGGCGACAAGGUAAUCAAGCCGUCCAAAUACUUCCAAAUGUCAAAGGAAGGUGAUUUCUGUACCUUGAGGAUCUCCGAAGCUUUCCCUGAAGACGAAGGUGUCUACAAAUGCAUUGCCAAAAAUCCAGCAGGCGAUGUGACCACGUCAGCCAACCUUCGAGUUCUCGCUCCGGACGCAGCCGAUGUUCUACCAAAAUUGACACCUCUGAAAGAUCAAAUUGUCAGUGAAGGGCAACCAGCUCAAUUCAAAACCCAAGUUACUCCAUCGAAGCCGAAACCAACGAUCCAAUGGUAUCGCGAAGGUGCCUUGAUUCCACAAUCACCUGAUUUCCAGAUGAUUCACGAAGGCAAUAAUGCUGUGCUAUUGAUCGCGACCACCUACGAAGAGGACACUGGCACCUUCACCUGCCGGGCUACCACUUCGGCCGGCACUGUAGAAACUUCUGCCAAACUCAUCGUCAAAAAAAGAACAGGGACGUAUUACGAAGUUCCUGCGGAGACGGGGCCAGGUGCGAGAACCGGUGACAAACCGUUUGUAAGUUUAGGAACCGGCAAGGAUGUAAUCCUUGAGCCAAUACCGUUAGACAAAGGCGAAUUAGAAAUACCCUUGAAACCCGGCGAUGAAACGUUACCCUGGCGAAAAGGGCGCGUUCAUCAUCGACCUCGACUAGCAGACACGACACCAUGGAGAAAAACGAAACCAAAAUCUCGCGACACUUCCUUGGAUAAAUUGCAAGCCACCGAAAGUCAAAUAAAACCGUGGACGGAAGAAACGGUAACCCUGAAGAAAACUCCUCAGCAAGCACGAGAGAUACCUAAAGAGAAACUCGAAGAGGUGGAAUUAAAACCGGCGAAAAUUGAGAAGAAAGAAAUCAGAAGACCCAGUCUCGAAACUGUGGACUUGAAACCGUUCACCAAAGAGACAACAAAGGAAACGAAGAUAGAAGAAAAACACCUUCGUCGCGAAGAGAUUGAUAAAGAGAUCUAUGAAGAGGAAGAUGACUCUAGAUUCCUGAAGACCUCUAGACAGGUAGAUGAAACCGUGCAAAGAAAGAAGGACGAGGUGAAACCAUGGACCGAGGAGAAGGUUACCUUGAAGAAGUCUAAGCCUGAGAAGAAAGAACUUCCAAAGGAAACUUUGGAAACUGUGGAAUUGAAACCAUCCAAAAUUGGCAAAGCUGAAGUUAGAAAACCAAGUUUAGAAAAAGUAGAUUUGAAACCAGUUCCAACAACGGUGACUGAGAAGGUCAGUGAGAAAGUUACUGGAAAGACUGAGUACCUUGAACAAGAAGACACAUCGUUGCUGGAUGUCUCCAGGAUUGAAGAAGUGAAGAAGAAAAGGAAAGAGAAGGUUGAAGAGAAAGGUGAAAAACCUGAGCAAGCUAAACCUUGGACCGAAGAGAAGAUCACUUUGAAGAGAUCCAAACCUGUGGUAAAGGAAAUUGAAAAGGAGACCUUGGAGACUGUGGAAUUGAAACCAUCAAAAAUUGGUAAAGCUGAAGUUAGAAAACCAAGUUUAGAAAAAGUAGAUUUGAAACCAGUUCCAACGACUGUGACUGAGAAAGUCACUGAGAAGAUUACUGAAAAGACUGAGUACCUUGAACAAGAAGACACUUCGUUGCUGGAUGUAUCCAGGACUGAAGAAGUGAAGAAGAUGAGGAAAGAGAAGGUUGAAGAGAAACCUGAGCAGGCUAAACCUUGGACCGAAGAGAAGAUCACCCUGAAGAAAGCGAAACAUGUGCCAAAAGAAAUUGAGAAGGAGACUGUAGAGACUGUGGAAUUGAAACCAUCUAAAAUUACCAAAUCGGAAAUUAGAAAGUCUAGUGUGGAAAAGGUGGACCUGAAGACAGUGACCAAAGAAACGAAAGAAAUUACACAGAAAACUGAUUAUAGAGAAGAAGAAGACACCACGUUACUCGAAGUUACCAAGGACACACAGGUGAAGAAAACGAGAAGGGAAUCUAUUCCGGUUGAGAAGGUCGAAGGACCUAAGCCUUGGACGGAAGAAAAGGUAACCCUGAAGAAAGCAAAACCAGAGAAGAAAGAAGUGCCAAAAGAAAAACCAGAAACUGUCGAAUUGAAGCCUUCCAGACCGCAGAAAGCAGACAUUGAAAAACCGAGCCUCGAAGAUGUGGAUCUGAAACCAAUUCCAAAGAAAGUAACAAAAGAGAAGACAGAAAAGGACAGGUACGUGGAAGAAGAGGACACUUCGCUUCUUGAAGUCACCAAGGACACUGAGACCACCACUAAAGUAGAGAAGAAGGUGAAGAGAAGGGAAGAGGUUGAAAAGAAGCCUGAAACUAAACCUUGGACCGCGGAGAAGAUUACCCUGAAGAAGGCGAAAGUGGAACAGAAAGAGAUUCGCAGGGAGAGCAUUGAAGAAGUUACUCUGAAGCCAACGAAAACGGAAAAGAGACAAAUAACGAAGGAAACAUUGGAAAAAGUCGACUUGCAGAAGGUCACUGAUAAGACCCAGUUUGUUGAAGAAGAAGACACUACACUGAUGAAGGUUGAUAAAGUUGAGAAAGUAGAAGAAGAAAGGGUAGAUAAAGUGGCCACCUGGAGAAGAGACAGAAAACCGAAAGAGAAAGCUCCAUACCAUGAAGAAGAAGACAAAUCAAUUCUCGACGUGAAGAAAGACGAAGAGUCUACGGAAAAACGAAAGGAAGUACCUGUACCUUGGGCCAGGGGAAAGAAGAAGCCAACUGAGAAAGCACCUUACCACGAAGAGGAAGACACUAGUCUCCUCGACGUGAAGAAAGAUGAGGAAUCUAUAGAAAAGCAGAAAGAGGUGCCUGUACCUUGGGCCAGAGGCAAGAAGAAACCGAAGGAAGAGAAACCAGAAUUAGUUCCACAACAGGUACAACCUGAAGAGAAACCCGAGGAGGAGGAAACAUUAGAGAAGACGCAAGUUCCAUGGCUUCGGGACAAGAAAGUAACGAGAAAAAUACCAGAGAGGAAGGAGGAACCGGUUGAGGACAUUAAAUCGGUCACGUUGAAACCAGUGAGACGGGAACGCGCGCCCGAGGAGAAGGAAAAACCGGAAGAAAUGACCUUGAAGCCUGUCAAACGCAUUCCACGUGAAGAAGAGGAGAAAGAGGAGGUGCAAUUGAAACCCAUUCCGAAACGCAAGCCUGAAGAAAAGCCACAAGAAGAAAUAAUACUAAAGCCAUUCCAGAAACCAAAGCCUGAAAUUGAGGAACAAGAGAAACCGAAAUUGAAACCAUUCGAAAAAGCGAAACCAGAAGUACCGGAGCAAGAAAAAGUACAGUUGAAACCGUUUAAACGAGAGAAGCCGGAAGUGCCGGAGAAAGAAAAAGUAGAGUUGAAACCGUUCAAACGAGAGAAACCCGAAGAGACCUUGGUUCCACAGAAAGUUCCUGAGAAACCGGAAGAAGAACAGCCUUCGGAAGUUGAAGAGGUAUCUUGGCGUAGAAAACCAAAGAAGAAAGAGACAAUAAUACCUGAAAAGCCUGUUGAAAAAGUGGAAGAAGUAAAGGUUGUUGAAGAUAAGGUAAUAAAGAAACAGGAAGAAACGAUAGAAGACUUCAAAUCGUUCACAUUGAAACCGACUAAACGCGGUAAAAAACCUGAAGAGAAGGAAGAGAAGGAAGAAGUGACGUUGAAGCCAGUGAAACGUCUUCCAAAGGAAGAAGAAACUAAAGAAGAAAUUAAAUUAAAACCAGUAGAGAAGAAGGUUGAAGAAAAAGAGACAAAGCCAUUGAAACCAGAAAUGGCACCAACAGUUCCUGAAGAAGAGAAGCCAACAGAAGUAUCAGAGGUUCCUUGGAAACGUGGAAAGAAAAAACCUGUAGAGAAACGAGUAGAAGAAGUAACAACUGAAGAAAAGAAAGUAGAAGAAGAAGAGAAAGAAGUCUCUGAGAUAAGUUGGCGCAAACCACGAAAAGAAAAGGUGAAGGAGGUAAAGAAGGAACAGGAAGUUGAAGAUUUCACUGCUGUUAUGUUGAAACCAACGCGAAAGGAGAAGAAACCGGAAGAAAAAGAGGAGAAAGAGGAAGUAACUUUGAAACCGAUUCAGAAGGUACAAAAAGAGGAAGAGAAGCCUGAAGCAGUGACUUUGAAACCGGUGAAAGUAGAAAAACCUGAGACUGUAGAAAAAGAAGAAGUUCCAGAAGAGAAGACAGAAUUGCCAUGGCGACGUGGUAAGAAACCAGCGAAAAAGAUCGUGCCACAGGAAGAGGAUAAACCGGAAGAGAUCAGAAAACCUGAGGAACGAGUACCAGAAGUUAAAGAAGAAGUACCUAAGAAACCAAAAGUAGAAAAACCUGAAGAAGAGAAACUAGAGGUUAAACUGAAACCUGUUAAGAGAUUAGAAAAACCAGAGGAAGCUAAACCGGAAGAAGUAACUCUGAAACCAGUGAAACGUCUUCCCAAGGAGGAGGAAGAGAAGGAAGAGAUAAAACUGAAACCAAUAAAGAAAGAAAAACCAGAAGAAGAAAAGCCUGAGAUAAAAUUGAAACCUUUUAAGAGAUUGGAAAAACCAGAGGAACAGAAACCGGAAGAAGUAACUCUGAAACCAGUGAAACGUCUUCCUAAGGAAGAAGAAGAGAAAGAGGAAGUGAAAUUGAAGCCAAUUGACAGGAAGAAACCUGAGGAAGAGAAACCAGAGGUUAAGUUGAAACCAAUCAAACGACUUGAGAAACCUGAAGAGGAAAAACCAGAAGAAGUUACUUUGAAACCUGUGAAACGACUUCCUAAGGAGGAAGAAGAAAAGGAGGAAAUAAUAUUGAAACCAAUAAAGAAAGAAAAGCCAGAAGAAGAAAAGCCUGAGGUAAAAUUGAAACCUUUUAAGAGAUUGGAAAAACCAGAGGAAGAGAAACCGGAAGAAAUAACUCUGAAACCAGUGAAACGUCUUCCUAAGGAAGAAGAAGAGAAAGAGGAAGUCAAACUGAAGCCAAUAAAGAAGGAAAAGCCUGAGGAAGAAAAGCCGGAGAUUAAGUUGAAACCAAUCAAACGACUUGAGAAACCUGAAGAGGAAAAACCAGAAGAAGUUACUUUGAAACCUGUAAAGCGGCUUCCUAAGGAAGAAGAAGAAAAGGAGGAGGUGAAAUUGAAACCAAUAAAGAAAGAAAAACCAGAAGAAGAAAAGCCUGAAGUAAAAUUGAAACCUUUUAAGAGAUUGGAAAAACCAGAGGAAGAGAAACCGGAAGAAGUAACAUUGAAACCAGUAAAGCGGCUUCCCAAAGAGGAGGAAGAGAAGGAAGAGGUAACACUGAAACCAAUAAAGAAAGAAAAACCAGAAGAAGAAAAGCCGGAAGUUAAGUUGAAACCUGUUAGACGGCUUGAAAAACCUGAGGAAGAAAAGCCUGAAGAAGUUACACUGAAACCUGUCAAACGUCUUCCUAAGGAAGAAGAAGAGAAGGAGGAAGUCAAACUAAAGCCAAUAAAGAAGGAAAAACCUGAGGAAGAAAAGCCGGAAGUUAAGUUGAAACCUGUCAAACGACUCGAGAAACCAGAGGAGGAAAAACCAGAAGAAGUUACAUUGAAACCAGUUAAACGACUUCCUAAGGAGGAAGAAGAGAAAGAGGAAGUCAAACUGAAGCCAAUAAAGAAGGAAAAACCUGAGGAAGAAAAGCCGGAAGUUAAGUUGAAACCUGUCAAACGACUCGAGAAACCAGAGGAGGAAAAACCGGAAGAAGUUACAUUGAAACCAGUGAAACGUCUUCCCAAGGAAGAAGAAGAAAAGGAGGAAAUCAAAUUAAAACCGAUCAGGAAAGAGAAACCUGAGGAAGAGAAACCGGAAGAAAUAAAAUUAAAACCUAUCAAACGAUUAGAUAAACCCGAAGAGGCAAAACCAGAGGAGGUAACAUUGAAACCUGUGAAGCGGCUUCCUAAGGAAGAAGAAGAAAAAGAAGAAGUGAAGCUGAAACCAGUAAAGAAGGAAAAACCAGAAGAAGAGAAGCCGGAGGAAAUAAAAUUAAAGCCUGUCAAACGAUUAGAAAAGCCGGAAGAAAUUAAACCAGAAGAAGUAAUUUUGAAACCCGUUCCAAAGGUUGUUCCUGAGAAGGUUGAAGAGAAACCGGAAGAAGAGGCGCCGGAAACCUCCAUUUUACCAUGGCGCCGUGGCAAGAAGACAAAGAAGGUUGUCGAUUUCCAGGAAGAAGUCACUGUAGUACCAAUCGAUCAAGAGAAGAUCGUUUCCGAAGUUCAUGAAAAAGAAACAACGAUUGUGGAACAAAAAGUGGAAGCCAAGGAAGUGAUCCAAAAGAAGGUCGUAGUGGAAGAAGUAAAACCUGAAGUGGUUGAAGAAGUCACUGAAGUAUCCGAAGUAUCCUGGAGAAAACCACGAAAACCGAAGAAACCGGUGGAAGAAAAGGAAGUGGUUGAAUUGAAGCCAGUGGAGAAGCAUGAAGAGAUUGUAGAAAAAGUUGAGGAGAAGAUAAUCUUGAAAAAAGUGAAGAAAGAGGUCCCUGAAGUCGAGGAAAUGGAGAAAAUUCAACUAAAACCUGUUCCAAAGAAACCGAAAGAAGAAGAAGUACCCGAAAAGAUAACUCUGAAACCUGUGAAAAAGGAGAAACCUGAAGAGAAACCAAAGGAAGAAGAAAUUCCAGAAUUAAAACCGGUCAAGUUAGAAAAACCAAAGAAAGUUGAAGAAACUGAAGAAAAGGAGGAAGUGGUGGUCGAAAUAACACGAAGAAAGCCAAAGAAGAAACCUGAAGAGGUACCAGUCGAGAAAGAAGAAGUUGUCGAAACUGAGAUUACAGAAAUAACGGAAGAAAAACCAGAAGAAAUAUCAGUUCUCCCAUGGCGAAGGCCAAAGAAGGUUACCGAAAAGAAGAUCGAAGUGGAAGAAAUAAAACCUGAAAAGGUCGAAGACAAAGAAGUCGAAGAGGUCACUGAAACAACAGAAGUAUCUUGGAGAAAGCAACGAAAACCGAAGAAACCAAUAGAAGAAGAAGAGAAGCCUGAAAAGGUAACUCUGAAACCAGUUAAAAGGGAGAAACCUGAAGAGAAACCAAAGGAAGAAAUUCCAGAAUUAAAACCAAUCAAAUUAGAGAAACCAGAAAAGGUUGAAGAGACUGAAGAGAAAGAAGAAGUGGUGGUAGAAGUAACUCGAAGAAGACCGAAGAAGAAACCUGAAGAAAUUCAGCGAGAAGAAAUUGAGGUGGAAACCAAGGAAGUUGUCGAGGAUGUCGAGGUCGAGAAAAUUGAGAAACAAGAAAUUCAAAUUGAAGAUCGUAAGAGGAAACGGAAACAGCGUACUCAGGUCGAUAUAUCGAUCAUCGAUAAAGAUAAGAAAAUCGCGCCAAGGUUUAUUCAAAAAUUGCAACCGGUCAUCGCCGAACCGGAAAGCACCGCGAAAUUCACAUGCACGGUAUUUGGCAGUCCGGUUCCUGAAAUUUCCUGGUACAGGAACGAACAGGAACUUCACGCCAGUGAGAAGUACAUAAUAACGGUGUACGAAACAACGGCUUCGUUGGAGAUAACUAAGGUGAAAGAAGAGGAUGCUGGAAUGUAUUCUUGCAGAGCAUCGAAUCCAGCUGGAGUCGCAACAUCCACCGUGAAUCUCGUGAUAUUUGAAAAAGAAGAAGAGGGCAUAGCGCCUCACUUCUCAGCGCCCAUCAAGCCGCUAAUGGUGGAGGAGCACAAACCAGCUCUCUUAGAGUGCGUAGUAACUGGAAGCCCGGUACCGGAAGUGAAAUGGUACCGUGGCGAAGAGGAGCUUAAACCUAAGAAAGGUAGAGAAAUCACCUUCAAUCCUGAAACCGGAGAAGCAAAAUUGCAUAUACUGGAGCCGACGGAAGAGGACGAAACGAUUUAUAGAGUUCGAGCCGUGAACAAAUUCGGUCGUGCCGAAUGUAGAGCUAAUUUGUUGAUCAGUAACGUGGUGAAAGUCAGUAAACCGGAAGUGCUUAGAGCACCAAAGAUCACCAGACCGUUGCCGGCUUUAGUCGCGGAACGUGGAAAGCCUUUGACUCUGUCUGCUGAUUUCGAAAGCAAACCAACACCGGAAGUGAAGUGGUUCCGCAACGGUGUUGAAUUAGCACCGUCCGAGAAGAACGUGAUCAACAUCUACGAGAACACGGCCGAGUUGUUCAUUCCAGAGGUGACCAAGAAGGACGGUGGAAAAUAUGAAAUUCGUGUCCAGAAUCCUGUCGGAGAAGCGAGAAGUUCUGGAUCUGUUACCGUGAAAGAUCGUCCGGAUAAAACGGACGAAGUUAAAGCUCCGAGAUUUAUCGAGCCGUUGCAACCACAAAUCGUUGCCGAAGGAGAGGUCGUGAUUAUGGAGACGAAGGUUGAAUCUUAUCCAACAGCCUCGUUCCAAUGGUUCCACGAAACUCGUCCUUUGGAGUCCACGCCGCAAGUGAGGAUCGUCACUCAAGAAAACAAAUCGAUCCUGAUGAUAAAAGAGAUCAAAUCCGAAUACGCUGGCACUUACACCUGUCGCGCUGAGAACGUUGGCGGAUCUGUCACCUGUACAGCCACCAUAAAUCUGCUGGAAACACCAUGGGAAGAGACGGUGGAGCUAGUUUCACCGACGUUUGUCAAACGAUUAUCACCGGUCAGGGUCAUGGACGGUGAAAGCGCGAACCUGACUUGCGUGGUACAAGGAAAACCCACUCCCAGAGUGGAAUGGUACCACGAUAGUAAACCUAUCAAAGAAGGAAAAGAGAUCACCAUUGUACAGGACACCGAAGGUGUCUGCAGCUUAGCCAUAACCGAAGUGUUCCCUGAAGAUGCAGGUGAAUACACUUGUCGUGCCGUGAAUCCUGUCGGCGAAGCAGUUUGCACGACGUCGCUUAUCGUGGAAGCAUACGAAUACGUACCGGAUUCGGAAAUUGCAUCCUCGAUCGUCGCGACGUCUCUUACUACAGGGCAGAGUGGUUCCGAAGAAGAUCUCUUAUCUCCAAAGGAAACUCCAUUGUUCGACACGGACACGGAAGAAUCCGCGCCGGAGAUAAUCAAGAAGCUUCCUCAGUUAAUUCCUACCAAAGAUGGAGAAUUAACCAGACUGGAAGUGAAGGUCAAGGGAAAACCAAAGCCAGAAGGAAAAUGGUACAAGCAGGGUGUAGAGAUCGUGUCGUCUCAAGAAUUCCAAAUCGAAGAAUUCGAGGAUGGCACAUCUGUGUUGACGAUCGCCGAAACUUACCCCGACGACACGGGCGAGAUUGUGUUCGAAGCGCACAAUCCGCUCGGAGUAUCGACCACGAUGACGUACCUAUCGGUAGAAGGAAUCGUUGGAACGAAGGAAUACAGAAAGCCGGAAUGGGUGACCCACAUGGAGGAGAUGCAAGAAGCUCUAAGAGCCACGCAAACUGUACCACGAUUCAUUCAAGAGAUAACAGAUGUUUAUGUGAAGGAAGGUGAUACCGCGGUGUUCGAGUGCUCUUAUUCGGGCAAUCCUACUCCAGACGUUGUAUGGUACAAGAACGACAAGAUGUUAAUGAGCACACAGAACCUGAAGGUGCGAAUCUACGAUGACGAUAAGAAGACAGUGUUGACGAUCAAACACGCGACCGAAGAAGACGACGGCGCUUAUGUGUGUAAAAUUACUAGUGAAACAGGUCUAGCGACAUCGAAAGCCAAAUUACACGUGACUGAAGUAACCGGUGAGAAGAAAUUCUACGAGGAGGAGGAGGAAGUCGAAGAGCAGACGAUAGAAAUAAAGCCGAAAGAGAAACCACAGAAGAAGAAGUUGAGGAAGGCGAAAGAAGUGAAAGAGAAGGUUAAAACUGAACGCGUGAAAGUGGACAAGAAAGAAGUGCGCAAAGAAAAACUGGUUCCUAAAGAACAACCAGAAGAAAAGAAAAUUGUCGAUAUCGAAGAAACACAGAUACUCGAAUCGACAGAUAUUAUCGAAGAGAAACCAACCGAGGUGUCGCAAGCCAAGAAGAUAGUACCGAUCCAAGAGCCUGUGUUGACAGAAGCAACCGCGUCCCUGAAGAAGAUCGACGAUGAGAAACCAAAGGAUAUGGUACCCAAACCCGAAGAGCGUGCCAAGCGUGUGAUCGAAGAACGCGAAGGAAUAGUGGUCGUCUCCGAAGUAACCACCGAGGACAUGGCACCCGAUUUCACUGUAGAAUCUACGGUGGAUCGUGCUCAGAUCACGUCAGAAUCUUUACAGACGGUGACCGUGUCCGAGGUUCAUACAGAGACCAGCGUGCAAGAGGUCAGACGAGCAGAAGCGAAGCAGAGGAAGGCGAAGAAGACGGUGGUAACCGAAGAAGAGAUAUUCGAGGAGAGGCCUAAAGAGGUGGUCGUCGAAGAGAAGCCAAAGAAGAAGAAGAAGACAGAGAAGGUGAAGGUUCGAGAAGAAGUUACCAUUGAAGAAAUCGUCGAAAGGCAGAGAGAAAAUAUCGCGAGAGAAGUUGAAGAGAUUAUGGAGAUGUUACAUGCGAAAGAAUUCGGGCCUGGAGAGGCUCCUCUUCGAGAACUGGCCACUAUCGGUUACCUGGUUCGUCAAGGUGUCUCCGUGAAUGAAAUCAACGAAAGUCUUUACAGGACCGAGAACUUCCCUGCCCUGAAGACACCCGAGGCACAGAACGCUCUUGUUCAAUUGGUCGAGAGAGAAGGUCACGGACCUCUUAUCACUCAGGUUCUAACCGAAGAGACGACCACCGACGAAAGCGUCGUGGCUGCGACCGUUGGUUUCCGCGCCUUCAUGAGGAUGAUCGAACUGCAACACGUCACCGUCGAAGAGGUGCUCACGCACUUCGCUCCGGAGGACUUCCGGCCACGUGCUUGGGAGGUUACCGAAGCUACGGAAGUUGAAACGGAAGAACGGGUUACAGAACGAGUGGAUGUCGUUCGCAAGACGGAAGUCCACUUUAUGGAGAGGAGGGACGAAAGAAAAGCCGUCCGCACGCAGGAUAUUCGUGACAUUAAAGAAUACGAGGACACACGGCAGACACACACAACACUGCGCGCACGAAAAGAUAGAAAACCGAGGGAAGAGACAAAGGAAGAUAGGGACGAGGGGGUUCAGGUUGUAGAGAUCGAAGAGAUCGAGGAUACCGAACAUGAGAAGAUGAAGAAGAAGCGAAAGGACGUGGAAGAGAUCGAGGAAGAGAUCGAAACCGUGAUCGUUGAAACAGACACGAAGGGCAGGCUGGCUCAAAAGAAAAAGAAACGCGAUGAUUUAGAAGAGAAGGAGGAUGUCGAAGAAGAAGAAGAGAUUAUAGAGAAAGUAAGAAAAGAACUGAAGCCAAAGCGACCUAAGAUCGGCAGAGACGAGGUUGAACUCGAGGAAAUCGAAGAAUUCGACGUGACCGAAGAUAAAUCAAUGCCAUCAAUCAUGGUGAACGUUCCUAGUCAACGUCACCAAGUGGUACCAUUAGACCGAACCACUGAACAGGCGCCUGGAAAACCUGAAUUAGAAAAAGCGAAAUUAACGGUAGACACGAUAACUGCAUUGACCGAACACAUUGUACCAGUACAGGAGAAGGAGAUCAGCGACAUCAGUCGAAUAAAACCCAUCGAACGCAAAGCAUCCCUGUCCAUCUCACCGGUGGAACCGUACUCGACCAUGGAGACAACUGUCCAAGCGUCCACCGGUGAAUUCGCAGACACGUUCAAGCCAACAUCGUACGAGGCAACACCAGGAAUAAUUCCAUCGGAAGGUGUCCAGGUCAGCGAGACUUUGGUCAGCGACGCUGGCGUGUCAAGUUUGUCCGUGAGCAAACAGGAGAUCGGUAGGACAGCGGAAGUAAGCGUGACUCUUCAGGAAGCUACGACGGUCUACGAAACGAUGGUGAGGGAGAAAGAAGUACCGACAGAGGACUUCGUGACUCCGCAGACUGUCAAAGCUGAAGACACUAUUCUACCUCAAUUAAGCUUGUCCGUGUACGAAGUGCACGAAGGUUUAACCGAAGACAAACUGGAGCCCCUGAAGACGGUGGCGACGAAACCGAGAGUGAACGUUACAGCUGUUGAACCGUUGGUGGUCGAAGAGGUUCGUGCGGAGGAUAAGCCAGGAAAGUAUUAUCCGGAAUUGAUCGUCCCUACGGAAGUGGCAACGCAGAGUGUCAUCUCUCAGCGUCAAAGAGUUACCGAAGAGAUGCACGCGCCUGAGAAGGAAGGCGAAUAUAUACCAGGAAGACUACCACCGAGUCAAGUAGCACAAAUUGGAAUAUCAUACGGAAACGAGACUGCCGUGGUCCAGCAGAACGUCGUGCAGGAAAGCGAAGGAGUAUUUAUCUCUGAAAAGAAGACCGAGACAUUCGAAGCUACCACUAACGUCACUGUACUCGAAGGAGUGUCCGUGUCCACGGUUCAAACUCAGGAUACGGAGACUAGCUUAACGAUCGAGGAGACGAAGAAAGCCGUGGCUGAUUUGAACGUCAUCGAGAUGACUCCAGCGGUAACUGUUGAGACGGUGCCCUCGGAGAAAGAGAAGGAGUACCAGCCAGGUGACAAACCAGACACGAAGACAGCAGAGACAUCGAUAUCUUCGUUAGAGAUUGGAUCGAUUCAGAGUACCGUUGUUCAAGAAUCAGAAGGAGUUUAUCGUCCAGAUGAGAAGCCAACGAAGGCAUUAGCAGAGACCUCGAUCAGACCGGAAGAACACGUGAUGAUCUCUGAAAUUCAAACAGCAGAUUAUCCGUCAGACUUCAGGGAGGAGUUGAAGUACGUCCAGGAAAGUGGAACGGUAUCUGUACAAUUAACCGAAGCAAAGAUGAUCCAGGAGACCUUGACCCACGACCGCGAGGAGAGGAUGGAGGAAAUGGUGAAACCUGAAGAACGUAUGGUAGACACGAGCUACGAUGUGAACAGAAGCGUCGAGGUAUUCCAGACUACUUCGGUUGAAAAGGAAGCUGAUUUGAAGGUCUUCGAGAUGCCAGAGUCUCAUCGUGGUAAGACAGUACCUACCCAUCCUGUCGUUUCGUUGGAGGUGGAGAUGACCCAGCCGGAGGACAAUCUAGGCGAAGUGAAGAAGGAGGUGCCUUCCUCUGGCACGGCGAAGGUGGAACACGUCAGUUUGCAAGAGACUAUAGUAGGCGAGACAGUCGUCGCCGAGAAUUUAGCUCCCGUUGAAAAGGAUAAAGCUCCCGAGACCAAGGUAGCUGAAAUUGCCAUGAACGAAGUUGAGAGUCUGCACACCACCAUGGUGAUCGUGAGCGAGAAGGAAACCGAAUACACCCAGGUAUCCGACGUGAAGGGAGCGUAUGCCAGCACAGAAUUCACUACCCAAGUAGCACCGAUGCUCGAAGAAGUUAGGUCGCAUUCGCCUACCGAAGAAUACCUACCGGAUCAGAAACCUACUUCCGGCGUAGCUCAACCAUCCCAUGUUCCUCUGGAAAGCAUCACUGUAGCCGUGCAAGAGUUGGCUGAGAAGGAAGAUUUGUACAAGACUGAUGUGAGACCAGAUCAAAAGACAGCCAAUGUAGCUCUCACUGAAUUGACAUCCAUUAGUAUUCCUGAAGUGAUGCAGGUGAUUACAGCGAGCAGUGCUGAAACAUUGAAGAAAGAGACCAAGAUGAAGGAAGAGAAGGGUAGAGUAGAGGUAGAGGAGCUAUCGUCGACUAUCAUAUCAGAAGUGAUCUCGAAUGAAACAGAAGAUGUCUUCACUACCAAGGCCACGCCUAAAGAUCAGAAGGCAGACUUCAACAUCUCUGGAAGAGAAGCUGCAGAGACAUCCCAAGUGACCGCUAUGACAGAAGUGGAGGAUCUUGCUGUGAAGCGACCUGAAGAACAGAAAGGCAAACCUCAAGUGGACGAACUGACACCUCUUACAGUUUCCCAUGUGGAAACUGGGGAAGCUGAAAAGGAGCUACCAACAGCAGAGGUUCCUAAAGAGAAGACAGCUCAACCGAACAUAUUUGGAAGAGACGUUGCCGAGACGAUGCAGGUACUCACUGUGACCAGUGCUGAAGAGCUUGCAGCGCCGAAGGCGCCGGAAGGACAGAAGGGGAAGCCGCAAGUAGAAGAGUUAACACCUUUGUCAGUGUCUCAGGUGGUAUCUCAAGAAGCAGAAUCAGCGCUACCAGCCCCUGAAGCGCCGACGGAAAGAAAGGCACAACCCGACAUGACAGGUAGAGACAUAGCUCAAACGAUGGAAGUGUUGACCAUGACGAGUGCCGACAUCUUAGCAGAAGACGUCAAACCAACCGAACAGAAGGGUAUGCCAGGUUUGGAAGAAUUUGUUCCUCUGUCUGUAUCGCAGACAGUGUCUACCGAAAAGGAGGAUGUUCUACCUAGCCCUGAAGCACCUACCACGAAGAUAGCGCAAGCAAGUCUAACUGGUCGUGACAUAGCAGAAACCAUGCAAGUAGUGAUGAUGACGAGCGAGAAGGAGUUGAUCACUGCUCUCGCACCGGAAACACACAAAGGUAUACCUAACGUUGAAGAACUGACACCGCUCACAGUUUCUCAAACCGUGUCGCACGAAGCUGAAGACGUCUUCGAGAAGACCGCAGCACCGAGCGAGGUAACCGCCAAACCAGCCUUUUCGGGAAGGGAAGUCGCUCAGACCAGCGAGAUGAUGAUCGUAACUAACGUUGGAGAACUGGAGAAACAGGUACUACCUGACGAGCAGAAAGGACAAGCCCAACUGGACGAGCUGAUGCCGCUUACAGUGUCACAGGUAAUAUCAGGCGAAGUUGAAGAAGGCUUACCAGAAGCUGAGAAACCAAAGGAAAAGACAGCUCAACCAGGCAUCUUAGGAAGAGAUAUCGCAGAGACCACACAGGUGCUAACUGUUACCAGUGCUGAAGAGCUUGCAGCACCUAAAGCACCAGAAGGACAGAAAGGCAAGCCACAAGUUGAAGAGCUAGCACCGUUAACUGUUUCUCAGGUCGUUUCUCAAGAAGCCGAGGGAAUAUUACCAGCACCUGAAGCGCCAACCGAAAGGAAGGCUCAGCCUGAUAUGACAGGAAGAGACAUAGCUCAAACGAUGGAAGUGUUGACCAUGACCAGCGUGGACACGUUCACUGAAGAUAAGAAACCUGACGAACAGAAAGGACAUCCGGAAUUGGAAGAAUUUGUUCCUCUGUCUGUGACUCAAACAGUGUCGAACGAAAUGGAGGAUGUUCUACCCAGUCCUGAAGCACCGUCCACGAAGAUAGCUCAACCGAGUCUGACAGGUCGUGAUAUUGCAGAAACCAUGCAGAUAUUAACAAUGACCAGUGAAGAAGAGUUGAUAACAGCUCAAACUCCUGAACAACACAAGGGCAGACCGAACGUAGAAGAACUGACACCACUCACGGUGUCGCAGACGGUAUCGCAAGAAGCUGAAGAAAUCCUGGAGAAAGCUGCAGUACCAACCGAGGUAACUGCUAAACCAGCGUUCUCAGGAAGAGAAGUCGCUCAGACCAGCGAGAUGAUGAUCGUAACUAACGUUGGAGAACUGGAGAAACAGGUACUACCUGACGAACAAAAAGGUCAGCCACAACUUGACGAAUUAACACCUCUUACAAUCUCCCAAAUAAUAUCAGGCGAAGUUGAAGAAGGCUUACCAGAAGCUGAGAAACCGAAAGAAAAGACAGCUCAACCAGGUAUUUUAGGAAGAGAUAUCGCAGAGACCACACAGGUGUUAACUGUUACCAGUGCUGAAGAGCUUGAAGCACCCAAAGCACCUGAAGAACAGAAAGGAAAACCGCAGGUUGAAGAGCUAGCACCGUUAACUGUUUCUCAGGUUGUUUCUCAAGAAGCAGAGGGAAUAUUACCAGUACCUGAAGCACCAACCGAAAGGAAGGCUCAGGCUGAUUUAACAGGAAGAGACGUUGCUGAAAUGAUGGAGGUUUUGACUAUGGCGAGCGUAGAUACUUUGACCGAGGACAAAAAACCUGCUGAACAGAAAGGUGUACCAGGUUUAGAAGAAUUCGUACCUCUGUCUGUCUCGCAGACAGUCUCUACCGAAAAAGAAGAGGUUCUACCCAGCCCUGAAGCACCCACGACUAAGGUAGCAGAGGCAAGUCUGACUGGUCGCGACAUAGCGGAGACCAUGCAGGUUGUAACCAUGACCAGCGAAGAAGAAUUAAUAUCAGCUCGUGUCCCUGAACAGCACAAGGGUAUAUUCAACGUCGAAGAACUGACAUCGCUAACAGUUUCUCAAACCAUAUCGCACGAGGCUGAAGAGAUUCUGGAGAAAGCUGCAGCACCCGGGGAAGUAACUGCCAAACCUGCGUUCACCGGAAGAGAGGUUGCACAAACGAGUGAAACGUUGAUCGUAACGAACGUAGGAGAGCUGGAGAAGCAAGUACUACCUGAAGAACAGAAAGGUAAACCUCGCGUGGACGAGAUGACUUCUAUUACGGUGUCGCAGGUUGUGUCGGGAGAAGUCGAAGAACGUUUGCCAGAGGCUGAGAAACCGAAAGAAAAGACAGCUCAGCCGAGCAUGCUUGGAAGGGACAUUGCAGAGACCACUCAGGUGUUAACUAUGACCAGUGCUGAAGAGCUUGCAGCACCCAAAGCACCAGAAGAACAGAAAGGAAAACCACAAGUCGAAGAACUGGCACCGCUUACUGUUUCUCAGGUUGUUUCUCAGGAAGCAGAGGGAGUGUUGCCAGUUCCUGAAGCACCAACGGAAAGACAGGCACAACCUGAUCUGACAGGCAGAGACGUGGCACAAAUCACAGUCGUAAUGAGCAUGGCGAGCGCAGAUAUGAUGAUUGAAGAGAAGAAACCUGAGGAACAGAGAGGUAUUCCUGGUCUGGAAGAAUUCGUACCUUUAUCCGUGUCACAGACAGUCUCCACUGAGAAGGAGGAUGUGCUACCAAGUCCUGAAGCACCUACCACGAAGAUGGCACAACCAAGUCUGACUGGUCGUGACAUAGCAGAAACUAUGCAGGUGGUAACAAUGACGAGCGAAGAAGAACUGAUAACUGCUCUUGCGCCUGAAACGCACAAAGGGAAACCCAAUGUCGAAGAGCUGACGUCGCUUACUAUUUCUCAAACCAUAUCGCAGGAAACGGAAGUGAUUCUGGAGAAGUCUGCAGCUCCGAGCGAGGCAACUGCUAAACCUGCGUUUACCGGAAGAGAAAUUGCGCAGACCAGCGAGAUCCUCGCUGUAUUAAACGUUGGAGAAUUAGAAAAACAUGUACUACCCGAGGAGCAGAAAGGUAAACCGAAAUUGGAAGAAUUAACACCACUUACAGUUUCGCAAAUAAUAUCUGGAGAAGCUGAAGAAGGCCUGCCGACAGCUGAAGUUCCUAAGGAGAAGACUGCUGAACCAAGUAUGCUCGGAAGAGACAUAGCAGAGACCACUCAGGUGUUAACAAUGGCCAGUGCUGAAGAGCUGAUGGCACCGAAGGCACCAGAAGAACAGAAAGGAAAACCACAAGUCGAAGAGUUAGCUCCGUUAACUGUCUCCCAAGUAGUAUCUCAGGAAGCUGAAGGAGUAUUGCCAGUGCCAGAAGCACCAACGGAGAGGAAGGCACAACCUGAUCUGACAGGAAGAGACGUGGCACAAACCACAGUGGUAAUGAGUAUGGCGAACGUAGAUAUCAUGAUCGAAGAGAAGAAACCUGAGGAACAGAGAGGUAUUCCUGGUCUGGAAGAAUUCGUACCUCUGUCCGUGUCACAGACAGUCUCCACUGAAAAAGAAGACGUGCUGCCCAGCCCUGAAGUGCCUACAACCAAAAUGGCACAGCCAAGCUUGACUGGUCAUGACGUAGCAGAAACUCUUCAGGUUUUGACCAUGGUUAGCGAAGAGCAGCUAACAACUAAAGCACCGGAACAACAAAAAGGAAAACCGAACGUUGAGGAAUUGACAUCGCUCACAGUUUCUCAGACAGUGUCUCACGAAGCUGAAGACAUCCUGGAGAAAGCUGUCGCACCGAGCGAAGCGACAGCUAAACCCGCCUUCUUGGGAAGAGAAGUUGCAGAGACCAGUCAAGUUCUUACCGUGACAACUGUUGGAGAACUACAGAAAGAUGUAUUACCUGAAGAACAGAAAGGUAAACCACAGUUGGAGGAACUCACGCCACUUACAGUGUCUCAGAUAGUGUCGGGAGAAGCUGAAGAGCGUUUGCCAGAAGCUGAGAAACCGAAAGAGAAGACAGCCGAACCGAGCAUGCUCGGAAGAGACAUAGCAGAGACCACUCAGGUGUUAACCAUGGCCAGUGCUGAAGAACUUUUAGCACCCAAAGCCCCUGAAGAACAGAAAGGCAAACCUCAAAUAGAGGAACUGGCACCUUUAACUGUCUCUCAGGUAGUAUCUCAAGAAGCAGAAGGAACUUUACCAAUACCUGAAGUUCCAACAGAGAGGACAGCCCAAUCUGAUUUGACAGGAAGAGACGUAGCUGAAACGAUGGAGGUGUUGACGAUGGCUAGUUUAGAUACACUGAUCGAAGACAAGAAACCUGCUGCACAAACUGGUGCUCCAGGUUUGGAGGAAUUCAUUCCUCUGUCAGUGUCUCAGAUGGUCUCCACCGAAAAGGAGGAUGUUUUACCCAGUCCUGAGGUACCAACAGAGAAGAUGGCUCAACCUAGUCUGAUCGGAAGGGACGUUGCAGAGACUAUGCAGGUUCUGACGAUGAUCAGUGCCAUGGAACUGACAACAGGUCAUGCACCAGACCAACAGAAAGGUGUACCAAACGUAGAAGAACUGACCUCGCUAACAGUUUCUCAGACAGUGUCUCACGAAACUGAAGAGAUCCUGGAGAAGGCUGUAGCACCUAGUACAGUAACUGCGAAAGCUGCACUAUCGGGAAGAGAGGUAGCAGAGACGAGUCAGGUUCUAACGGUAUCCAAUGUGGAAGAGUUUGAGAAAUCAGUACUACCCGAAGGGCAGAAAGGAAAACCACGUUUGGACGAGUUGACGUCUAUAACAGUCUCCCAGGUUUUGUCCAACGAACUUGAAGAGACACUACCGUCUCCAGAGAAACCUAGCGAGAAGAUCGCCCAGCCUCAGAUGAUUGGCAGAGAAGUAGCAGAGCAGACGGAAGUCUUAACUGUCACGAAUGUCGAAGAAUUGAAGAAACUCGAGAAACCAGAGGGUCAAACAGGAAAGCCAGACGUGGAAGAGAUGAGUUUCAUCACAGUCUCCGAAGUGUUCUCCACAGAAAUGGAGAAAGAAAUGCCUAGUCCAGAAGUUCCUAAAGAGCGUACAGCGCUUCCUCAGCUAUCCAGCAUCGAAGUAGCUGAAACAACGGAAGUAUUAACGAUGAUCAGUGCCGAAGAGCUUCUAAAAUCCAAGGCACCCGAAGAACAGAAGGUUCAACCGAAACUGGACGAAUUGACUCCUCUCACAGUCUCCCACGUAGUAUCCGAAGAAGCUGAAGAAGCAUUACCCACCGCAGAGAUUCCAAAAGAGAAGACAGCCCAACCUAGUCUCCUCGGAAGGGACGUUGCUGAGACCAGCCAGGUGUUAACCAUGGCUAGCGCCGAAGAGCUUCUAGCAGCCAAAGUACCCGAAGAACAGAAAGGUAAACCACAAAUCGAGGAACUGGCACCAUUGACAGUGUCGCAGGUAGUUUCUCAAGAAGCAGAAGAAGCGUUACCAUCGGCCGAAGUACCUGUGGAAAGAGAGGCUCAGCCAAGUAUGACAAGCAGGGACGUUGCACAAACGAUGCUCGUAACAAGUAUGUCGAACGUGGACAUUAUGGCUGAAUCCAAGAUACCUGAAGAACAAAAAGGAGUUCCUGGGUUGGAAGAAUUCGUUUCUCUGUCCGUGUCGCAAACAGUCUCCACUGAGAAGGAGGACGUUCUACCAAGUCCUGAAGUGCCGACUGAGAAAAUGGCUCAGCCUAGCCUGAUUGGUCGGGACGUUGCAGAAACCACACAGAUAUUAACUAUGAUCAGUGCCACCGAACUGACGACUGAUCGCGCACCGGAACAACAGAAGGGUGUACCGAACGUCGAAGAACUUACCUCGCUUACAGUCUCCCAACCAGUAUCUCACGAAACCGAAGAGAUCCUAGAAAAACCUGAAGCACCAGGUACGGUGACAGCUAAAGCUGCAUUGUCAGGAAGAGAAGUGGCGGAGACCAGUCAGGUUCUCACGGUAUCCAACGUUGAAGAGUUUGAGAAAUCAAUGUUACCCGAAGAACAGAAAGGAAAACCACGGCUGGAUGAAUUGACAUCUAUAACAGUCUCCCAGGUUGUCUCUAACGAACUUGAAGAAACCUUACCAUCUCCUGAGAAGCCUAGCGAGAAGGUCGCUCAGCCACAGAUGAUCGGCAGAGAAGUAGCCGAAAAGACGGAAGUCUUAACGGUGAGUAACGUCGAGGAGAUGCAGAAACUUGAGAAACCUGAAGGUCAGAAGGGAAUACCAGAUGUGGAAGAGAUGAGUUUCAUCACUGUUUCCGAAGUAGUUUCCACGGAAGCUGAGAAGGAGCUACCUGCCCCAGAGGCUCCCAAAGAACGCAAGGCUCUUCCACAACUGUCUGGUAUAGAGGUAGCUGAAAAAUCAGAGGUCCUGACGAUGACGAUGACCGAGGAAUUUGCGAAACCAAAAGCACCCGAAGAACAGAAAGGAAAACCACAGUUGGAAGAAUUGUUAUCGCUAUCGGUAUCUGAAGUAGCUCUUGGAGAGGUGGAGAAGGGACUGCCGACUCCUGACAAACCAACCGAAGAAACCGCUAAACCCAGUCUUCUGGGUAUCCAGGUUGCCGAGAAAUCUCAAAUAAUCACAUCUUCGAUCACAGGAGAAUUGCAGGAAUCGGUUAAACCAGACACAAAACAGAUAAUCCCUGAACAAAUUCCGUUUGAAAGCAUAGAACAGUCGCAAACUCUGACCCAAGAAAGGGAGAGUACUUUCGUCGUUGAAAAGACAACAACUUCUGCCACGGCUGAAGUAUCCUUCCGCGUUUCUGAAAGUCUCGAGGUCACCCAGGUGACCGCUACAGAGAAAGAAUCGAAGGAAGUGAUCAAAGGCGUAGCUAAAGAGGCUUCCGCUCAAGCGGAUGUGAUCGAACGAAAGGUCGCGUUGAAAACCGAGGUUCAACCGGAAGACGUGGCUUCAGAGUUCAAGGUAAAGAAACCAGAAGGCAAGACCGCCAAAGGUGUCGAUGAAAUUCAACAAAGUGUAAUAGUAACUGAACACCUGACUGCCCAUGAGUUUGAGUCAGAACUGCCCGAGUCUGUAAUACCUUUCGCUAAAUUAGCCAGAGUUUCUAUCCAAGCUGACCACCUGGAACACAUUGUGGAUGUCACGGAGAAGACGGUCGAACAGGAGAUCAUCGAGGAAGUGAAGGAAGUGAAGCCUAAGAAGAAGAAACCCGUUAAGGCUAAGGACGAAGUAACGGAAGAAGUGGUGGAAGAAAUAAUAAUCGAAGAACCAGAGAAACAAGAGGCUAAGCCGAUCGUAGAAGAAGAAGAGACAGUGAUCAUCACCGAACACGAUGUCAGGAAAGCACCGAAGAAGAAGAAGGAAGUGGUUAUUAAUGAAGAAGAGGAGAUAUUUGAGACUAUCGAAACACCGACUCAUAAGAUCAUCAGGAAGAAGAUACGCCCUAUGAAGAAGGGCGAAAAGGAAGUCGUGGUUGAGGAAAUCAUUCAGAAACCAAGAGAAGAAACUGUAGAGAUGGAGGAACAACAAAUAGUGGAAGUCGUCGAGACACCCACUAAGAAGAUCGUGAAAAAGAAGAAAGAAGUGGUGAAGGAUGAUGGUGUUCCUGAAGAGCUUGUCGAAGAGAUCAUCAUCGAGAAACCGCAGAAGAAGAAGGCGAAACCUACAGUGGAAGAAGAGAAGAAGAAGGUCAAGGUGACGAAAGUGGAGACGAAGAAAGCACCAGAGAAGCCUGAAGAGGUGGUCGAAGAAGAAGAAGAGAUCAUCGAGACUAUUGAAACUCCGACGAAAAAGAUCAUUCGUAAGAAACCUAAAGAUAAGAAGGACAAAAUAAUUGAGGAAGUAAUUCAGAAAACGAUAGAGGAAGCUAAAGCGAUGGAAGAACAGGAAAUUGUAGAAGUAAUUGAAACUCCAACGAAGAAGGUGAUCAAGAAAAAGACGACCACCAUCGAGGAAGGCAAAGCACCUGAGGAGAAAGUUGAAGAGAUCGUGAUCGAAAAGCCGAAAGAGGUGAUCGAGGAAGAAGAAGAGAUCAUUGAGACGAUCGAAACUCCAACAAAGAGGAUCGUCCGGAAGAAACCGAAAGAUAAAAAGGAUAAGAUAGUUGAAGAAGUUAUUCAGAAGACCAUAGAAGAAGCUAAAACGAUGGAAGAACAAGAAAUCAUAGAAGUAAUUGAAACUCCCACAAAGACAGUGAUCAAGAAAAAGAAAGCAACUAUCAAAGAAGGUAAAGCACCUGAAGAAGAAGUUGAAGAAAUCGUAAUUGAAAAGCCUGUUAAAGAAAAGGCUAAGAAGAAGAUCCUGCCAAAGGAAGGAGUGGAAAUUACAGAAGUUAUCACAGAAACAUCUGUCGAGGAGUUAAUUGAAGAAGAGCUUAAACCCGAAGAAGCCAAGCCUUCGGAGGAAGAGGAGGAAGAGAAGGUAAAGGUUACUGAAGUAGCGAUAAAGAAAGUGCCAAAGAAGAAGAAACCAAGUAAAGCUGUCGAAGCUGAAGAGAAGGAAGAAGUUGUUGAAGAAAUAAAACCUGAGAAGCCUAAAGAAGAAAAGGCGAAACCAACAGUCACUGAGAAGGAAGGCAUUGAAGUAACUGAGGUAAUAUCUGAGGUGGCUCCAGAGAAACUUCCUGAAGAGGCCAAACCCAAGAAGAAGAAAGCAACCGAGAUUAAAGAAACGGAAGAAAAGGUAAUCACGAAGAAAGUAAAGGUGAAAGAAGCUCCAAAGGAAGCAGUACCUGGGGAAGAAGAACAGCCAGCUGAAGAGGUAGAAGAACUUGUUCCUGAAAAGCCAAAGAAAACUAAGGCGAAGAAGGAGGUUACUCCUCAAGAUAGUAUUGUAACAACUGAGGUCGUUACUACAACGAAGGAAGAGGAGUUGGAAGUAGAAAAACCUGAAGAAGAAAAGGCUACAGUGGUUGAAGAAAAGGAAGAAAAGGCGAAGGUGGAAGAGAAGAAGGUUACAGUAAAGAAGGCUCCUAAAAAGAAACUGAAACCAACUGAAGCUGAAGAGGAACAAGUAGAAGAGGUUGUGGAAGAAAUAACACCGGAAGAACCGAAGAAGAGGAAAGCUAAAAAGGCUGUGAUUCCUAAAGAAGAGAUUCAAACAACUGAAGUAGUUCCUGGUGUUACAGCAGAGGAGAUACCUGAGGAGGAGAAACCAGAGGAAGAAAAGGCUGUUCCCAAGGAGGAAGAGAAAGUUGAAGAAGAAGCAAAGGUAACUGAGGUAUCUGUGAAGGAAAAAAAGAAAAAGAAGGAAAAACCUGUAACGAACGGUGAAGUGAUUGAAGAAAAGCCUAAAGUGAAAGAGAUUCCUGAGGAGAAACCAAAGGAAGAAAUUCCACAGGUGCCAGAGGAAAAAGAAAAACCGGAAGAAGAGAAGCCGAAGGAAGUGAAGCCCAAAGAGAAAAAACCGAAGGAAGAGAAGCCUAAGAAACCAAUAGAAGAGAAGCCAGAGGAAGUGAAACCUGAAGAGGAAAAACCGAAGGAAGAGAAGCCUAAAAAGAAGAAGCCUGCAGAAAAGAAACCUAAAAUCUCAGAAGAAGAACGUCCUGAGGAUAAAGUGGAAGAGAUACCUGAAAAGAAACCAGAGGAAGUUAAGGCUCGGGAAGAAAUUAUUCCAAAGGAUACGGUUCAAAUAACUGAAGUAAUUCCAGAAACCGUGGCGGAAGAAAUACCGACGAAGAAACCUGAAGAGCGUAAAGCAGUACCAGUUGAAGAGAAGGAAGAGAAAGUUGAAAUUACAGAGGUACCCGUAGAAAAGGCUCCAGAAAAGAAAGAAGAGAAAGUACCAGAAGAGAAGCCAACAGAAGCUGCUCCAGAAAAGCCAAAGGAAGCGAAGGUAAUGAAGAAGAAGAAGAAGAAGCCAGCUAAGAAAGACGAAAUUGAGGAAUGGGUGGAACCUGAAUACGAGAGACCUGUAUUGGAACCCAUGCCAGAGAAGAUAGUAUGGGAACCGAAGAAGAAGAAGGAAAAGAAGCCUUUGCCAGAAUCUCUUCAGAAGCUAGUUCCACAAAAGAUCGAAAGAAAGGAGAUCAAACCUACGAAGCUGAAGUAUUCGGAACCAGCAGAGACCGUUCAAUUCGCUUCCAUAAAGCUGAAGAAAGUUGCAAUACCCAAAAAGAAAGAAGCCGACGAAACCAAGUUCCCGAAAAUCAUGCUGCGCAGCAGAAUGACAUUCGUCGGUGAUUAUCCGCCUGAAUUACAGAUUCCAAAGAUCACUUACCUCGAAGAGAAUCCGGUUCAAACAGGUAUACUAUCCAGAAACACGGAAGAAGCUCUUAAGGUUCUGAAGAGGAAAGUGAAGAGGGUGAAAUUAUCUGAAAAAGAGGUAACACAAUUGGAGAAAUUAGAUCUAGAAUUCGAGGAACUGAAGAAGGUGCCUUUGGAGAAAAUUGAAGACAAAUCGGUGUACGAACGCCAACCGAAGAAACCUGCGGAGAAACCUGAAGAACCAAAGAAAGUACCUAUUGGCAAGGGCAAGGUUCCAGAAGAAGAGAAGGUGGAGCCUGAAAAGGUGAAACUGAAGAAGGUACCUGAGAAGAAACCGGAAGAAGUUGAAGAACCUCUGAAGAAACCCAAGAAACCAGAACCAGAGGAGGAAGUUAAACCAGAAAAGAAAAAGAAACCAAAAGUAAAAUUAGAACAUGACGAGCUCAAGCCACUGGACUUUGAUAGACCAGAGCUUGAGAAAUAUGAACCUGAAGAAUAUGAGAAACCAGAAGAACCAGCACCUGAACCAGUUCCAAAACCGUACGAGAAAGAGCCGAAGAAGAAACCGGAUCAAGAAGUCGAACAAAUUCCAUUGAUAAAAGGAAAACCAAAACCACCAGAACCUGACGAAGAGCCUGAAGUUAAGUUUAGAAUACCUACAAAAGAGAAACCGGAAGAGGAACCUGAGCAGAUAACGUUGAAACCCUGGAAGAAAGAAAAACCUGAAGAGGAAAAAGAAAAGGAAAUUCCGAAGAAGGAGGAAGAAAAGGUUCCAAAACCACCAAAGGAAGAACCAGAAGAUGUCACUGUGCAGCGUAAGGUGAAGACCAAGAAACCUAAAGAAAAGCCUAAAGAGGAAAAGGAGGAAGAAGUAACAGUUAAGAAACCAGAAGAAGAAAAACCAGAGGAAGUGGCUGAAGAAAUUACUCUCAAGAAAGAACCAGAGAAACCUGUUGAAGAAGCUCCAGCUGAAGUUACAAUCAAGAAGCCUGUUGUAGAAGAGAAAGAAGUAGAAGAGGAAGAGACGAUAACUGAAGUCAUCUUGAAGAAGCCAGAGAAACCGGAGGAGGUGGUUGAGGAGGCUGUUAUAAAGAAACCAAAGAAGAAGAAGCCUGUUAAAGAGGAAGAGGUAGUUGAGGAAGUGACAGUCACAAAGGUUGUCACUGAAGAAGAGAAAGAAGAAGAAAAGGUUGUUAUAAAGAAACCAAAAAAGAAAUCUAUUCCGGAAAUAACUGAAGAAGUUACUGAAGAAAUUACACUGAAGAAGCCAGAGGAAAAAGCACCAGAAGAGGUUACAGAAGAAAUAAAGAAACCAAAGAAGAAGAAGCCGGUAAAGGAAGAAGUUGCAGAAGAAAUUACAAUAAAGAAACCUGUUGUAGAGGAGAAGAAAGAGGAGGAGGUUCCAGAAGAGGUGACAUUAAAACCGAAGAAGCCAGAAGAGAAACCUGUUAUCGAAGAAGUGACAGAGGAAAUUACAUUAAAGAAACCAGUGCCAGAAGAAGUAACCGAAGAAGUAGCAAUUAAGAAACCAAAGAAAAAGAAGCCAGUCAAGGAAGAAGCUGCCGAUGAAAUCACUCUUAAGAAACCUGUAGUUGUUGAAAAGGAAGAGGAGGAAAUUACGGAGGAGGUGACUUUGCAAAAGAAAAAGAAGCCAGAAAAGAAGCCUGUUCCGGAAGAGGUGUCUGAGGAGGUCACAUUGAAGAAACCAGUACCUAAAGAAGAAGAGAAGGCUCCUGAAGAUGUAACCGAAGAAAUAGCAAUAAAGAAACCAAAGAAAAAGAAGCCAGUAAAGGAAGAAGCUGCCGACGAAAUUACAAUAAAGAAACCUGUUGUAGAAGAAAAGAAAGAGGAAGAAGCUCCCGAGGAAAUAACCUUGAAACCCAGGAAACCAAAGGAAAAACCUGUUCCUGAAGAAGUGAAAGAAGAGGUUACAUUAAAGAAACCAGUUCCAGAGGAGAAAGAAAAGGUACCUGAAGAAGUAACUGAGGAGAUAGCCAUUAAGAAACCGAAGAAGAAGAAACCGGUUGAAGAAGAAGCCGCUGAUGAAGUCACCAUCAAGAAACCAGUGGUUGUUGAGAAAGAAGAAGAAGAAAUUACAGAAGAGAUAACUUUGGGAAGGAAAAAGAAGCCAGAAAAGAAACCUGUUCCGGAAGAGAUUACCGAGGAGAUUACACUGAAGAAGCCAGUACCUAAAGAAGAGGAAAAGGCUCCUGAAGAAGUGACCGAAAAGAUUGAAGUAAGGAAACCAAAGAAGAAGAAGCCAGUUGAAGAGGAGGCUGCCGAUGAGAUAACUAUCAAGAAACCUGUAGUGGUGGAGAAGGAAGAAGAAGAAGCUCCAGCAGAAAUUACCCUGAAGAGGCAACCAAAGGAAAAGCCAGUAGAAGAAGUUACUGAAGAAGUGACUGAAGAAAUUACAAUAAAGAAACCAACACCAGAAGAGAAAGAAAAAGCACCAGAAGAAGUGAGUGAGAAGGUAGAGGUAAAGAAACCAAAGAAGAAGAAACCUGUGGUAGAAGAAGCUGCCGACGAGGUCACGAUCAAGAAGGUCGUCGUAGAAGAAAAGAAAGAGGAAGAAGCUCCUGAGGAGGUUACUCUGAAACCAAGACCAAAGAAGAAAUCCGUCACAGAGGAAGAAGUUGCUGAAGUAACUCUCACUAAACCAAAACCAGUCGAAGAAGAAAAGAAACCUGAAGAAAGUGAACUGACUAUAACGAAGAAACCAAAGAAGAAGCCAGUGAUCGAAGAAGAGGCUGCAGAAGUAACUAUCAAGAAGCCAGUACCCGUAGAAGUUGAGGAAGCUCCAGAAGAAUUCACCAUCAGAAAGAAGAAGAAGCCGGAGAAAAAACCGGAAGUAACUGAAGAGGUCGAAGAAACAGCUGUUACCAUAAAGAAAGCUCGUGCUCCUGAGAAACCCACGGAAGAAGAAGAAGUGACAACAGACGUACAGAUAAGGAAGAAGAAGCCGCAGAAGAAGGUUGAAGAGGUAGCCGCUGAUGAACUGACGAUUAAGAAAAUUGAAGAAAUCGAACAACCGGAAGAAGAAGAAGUACAAGAAUUCACGUUCAAACGAAAACCACCCAAGCUACCUCCAAAACCGAUCGAAGAAAUCUACGAAGAUGUUACUCUUCGAAAACUGCGACCAAAGAGGAAAUCCAGGCCGGAUAUUAAAGAAAUUACCGAAACGGAGAAUGUUACCUUCCGGCCACGCACUACAAAAACCAAGGAAGAUGUGGAGCAGGAGUUCAAGAUCUCUUUGAACACCUACGAAGAAGAAGAUAUAUCUAUGUCCGGUAAGGUUCGUUUGAAACCAAAGAAAAAGCCAUUGACGUACUCUGAAGAGACUGGUGAAGAAACGAUCAGAAUCGUACAGGAAAUAGAAGACGAUUCUGGUCCUAUUAUCGAGGAAAUCAUAGAAUCUGACGAGGAAGGAAAAGAUGAAUACAGUAUUGAAGAAUUAGAUACAGACGAGAUGAGGUUGCCAUUGAGAAGAAAGAAGAAGAAGGUACCGAAACCGUACAAGGUGGAAGACAUCGAGGAAGGUGAUGUGAAGUUGAAAUUGAAACGAGAUAGGAAAUACUCGAUUGAAGAAGCGGAUGAGUCGUUGGCUUUGAAGCUGAAGAGCAAGAGACGCGUUUCCACCUACGACGAAGAAGAAGCAACACUUAGCAUCACCAGAGAAGAGGAUAUCUCAGAGGAAGUGGAAAUUGAAUAUGUCGUUCGCGACGGUGACACAAUGUUCUCCAUUUGCUCGUAUGUGGCAGAAACUGAUGAAGCCAUCAAUCUCGUCGAAGGAGAAAGGGUUUAUGUUAUCGAUCAUACGAAUCAGGACUGGUGGUUCGUGAAGAAACAUUUGACAGAAGAAAAGGGUUGGGUUCCAGCGCAGUAUCUAUUGAACGAAGUUCAUUACACUCUUUAUCUGCAACGGAAGUUGCACGAGAAAAUUGAUAAAUUACCAGUGUUUGAAAAGCCUGCGCCUGGAGAUAAAUCAUCAGCCCCGAAAUUCGUGGAAAAAUUACAACCGAUACAUACGCCAGAUGGUUAUACAAUUCAAUUCGAAUGUCAAGUGGAAGGUGUACCAAGACCACAGAUAACAUGGUUCCGACAGACUGCCAUCAUCAAGCCAUCCCCAGAUUUCCAAAUGUAUUAUGACGAUGACAAUGUAGCGACUCUGAUCAUCAGGGAAGUAUUUCCUGAAGAUGCUGGUACAUUUACCUGUGUCGCUAAGAAUGCAGCAGGAUUCGCAUCCAGUACCACGGAAUUGAUCGUGGAAGCACCUCUUUCUGAUCAUGGGUCAGAUUUGACUGGUCCAUCCAGAAAGAGCCUCUCCAGAGAAUCAUCCCUCGCCGAUAUCUUAGAGGGAAUACCACCCACGUUCUCCAGGAAACCCAAAGCAAAAUACGUGGACGAGGGUGAAGAUGUGAUCCUCGAAUGCCGAUUAGUAGCCGUACCUGAACCAGAGAUAACGUGGUACUAUAAGGACACGCAAAUCACGACCAAAGAAAAUAUAAGAAUCGCCACUGAAAGUGACAUGCACAUGUACUGCAGUGUAAUUAAGAUCACAAAGGUGCAGAAAAAACAGGAAGGAAAAUAUACCAUUGUUGCAAGGAACAGGGAAGGUGAAGCCACUAUUGAAAUUCCUAUGAAGGUGAAAACUGGCAAAUCCGAACCACCAGAGAUUUUAGAACCUUUACAGUCCUACGUAGUAAGGGAAGGAGAAACCGUAGUCUUAUCUACUCAAAUCGUUGGAAAUCCGGCUCCAAAAGUAACUUGGUUCAAGAAUGGCAAACCACUGAAAGGCUUGACUCCAAAACAGGAUGGCCACGUGAAUACAUUGACUCUUAUUCAGCCUCAAGUAUCAGACACAGGGGAAUAUUCUGUGGUGGCUACCAAUGAUCUUGGCACAGCUGAAACUAAGGCUACAUUAACAGUUGAAAUAAACUUGAAACCUUCGCUGGCCAUUAAUUUCCAACAGCACACGUUCGAACACUUCAGCGUAACGAAGGAAAUACCAAGCGGAGCUCCAGAGCCACCAUUGUUCACUGAACGGUUCCAAGAACUUACCGUUCCAGAGAAAGGUACCUUCAAGUUGGUCGCGAAAGUUACCGGAAAUCCGGUACCAGAAGUCACGUGGUUAAGAAACAACAAGCCUUUGGAAAAAUCACCGAACAUCACAGAGACCUACGAUGGCGAGAACAUCGUGCUGGAAAUCAGGAACGCGAAUUCGGAAGUGGACACCGGGGAUUACAAGUGUGUCGCUAGCAAUCCCGUAGGAAAAGCUUCGCACGGUGCAAGGGUCACCGUGGACGUCGACAAAGUAACAUUCACGAAGACUCUAGAGAAAGAGGUCGUAAUUGACGAGUACAAGACCCUGGAAUUGACCUGCGAAACAUCGCACACGGUGUCCACGAAAUGGUGGCACAAUGACAAAGAAAUCAGUGGCAUGGAUCACCGAGAAAUCAUCGAGGAAGGACAUGUACACAAAUUGGUGAUCAAGAAAACUAAUCCCACCGACGAAGGAACUUAUAAGUGCACUGUUAAAAAUCAAUCAACGUCCAGCAAUGUCACUGUAAAAGCCACCAAACCAGAGUUCGUGAAGAAGUUACAAGAUUGCGAGGUGAAGGAGCGCGAUGUCGCAAUUUUGGAAGUUGAAAUCACGUCACAAACGGUGGACGUUAAAUGGUACAAGGAUGGCGAACAACUGGGACCGGGCAAAGAGAAAUUAGAAUUCGUGAAAGAAGGUACAGUAAGGAAAUUGCUGAUCAGAAGCACCUCUGUUCACGAUGAAGGUGAAUAUACCUGUAGCCUCUUGGAUCAAGAGUGUACAGCUGAAGUCACUGUCAUUGAAUUACCACCUGAAAUCAUCACGAAGAUGCAAGACGUGACGAUAGCAAGAGGCGAGAGGGCAACCUUCGAUAUCGAAUUAACAAAGGGUGACGCUUUGGUACGAUGGUUCAAAGACGGCCAAGAAUUACAAUUUUCCGAGCACGUUCGAUUGUCGAUCGAUGGAAAGAGGCAGAAGCUGAAGAUCUAUGAUACAGAAUCAGAAGACGCAGGUGUUUAUUCUUGCGAAGUUGGUCAACAGAAAUCGUCGGCUAAGCUUACGGUCGAAGAACCUGCUGUAGAGUUCAUCACCAAAUUACCGGAUGUCACCCUGGUACCACUGAAUUCCGACGCUGUUUUCGUUAUCGAAUUGUCACAGGAUGUUCCAGUUACCUGGAUGAGGAAAACGCAGGUCAUCAAGGAAUCUCCGAAAUACACGAUCAUCGACGAAGGCAAGGUGAAGAAAUUAAUCGUGAAGAAAUGUACAACCGAAGAUAUUUCGGAAUACACUGCAAUGGUUGCUAACGUGAAAACGUCAUCAAGAUUAAGAGUAGAAGUUAUCGAAACACCGCCAAAGAUCAGCCCAGACACACCAAGGAAGUACAAAGUAAGGAAAGAUGAAGACGUGGAUAUUGUGGUGAAAUUCAGUGGAACGCCUAAACCAGAGGAUGAAUGGACUGUAAAUGGUCGAGUAGUGACAAAAUCGAAACGAGCGAUACCAACAAUUGACGAGGAAUCAGCAGUUUUGACUAUUAGGAAGAUCCAAGAAGAAGACGUUGGUGAUUACACUCUGAAAUUAGUGAACAGUGUUGGAGAAACUAGCAUCGAAAUCAACGUCGUCAUCGUUCAGGUACCAAGUGCACCUGGAGCUCCAGAGCCAUUGGAGACCACCAACGACAGCAUAACGCUUCACUGGAAGAAACCAGAUUCAGAUGGAAAUUCACCCAUCGUUGAAUACAUUUUGGAGCAUCAAGAGAAGACUGAGACUACGUGGACCAAGAUUACAGAGACCAUAACAGAGACAACUCACAAAGUGACAAAAUUAACAACGAACAAAGAGUACACCUUCCGAGUGACUGCUGUGAACGAAGCAGGACCUGGUGAAACAUCACCGACAUCGCCAUACGUGAAGAUAUCAAAACCAUCAGCCGCAGAACCACCAGUCAUCCUCGAACCCUUGAAGAGUAUCGUCAUCGGCCUUGGAGAAACUGUCACCCUAUCGUGCGUGAUUGGUGGAACACCCGCUCCAGAGAUUACUUGGCUAAGGAAUGACGAAAUUUUCGAGGACACCAGCAUUACAUACGAGAACCAUAUAACAAAGUACACCGUCAGGGAAACAACAGAGACAUCGUCGGCAAAGUUCACUGUAAAAGCGAAGAACAACGUAGGAAGCGCGGAGACAACGUGCGAAUUAAAGAUCCAAGAGUCGCCUAAGAUUAUCUAUGACGAGAAUUUGACUAAUCAGAAGCUACCGAUGAACGGUCAAUGGAAAAUUGAAAUUCAAAUUACUGGCUUCCCGAAACCAGAAGUUACGUGGACGAAGAAUGGCAAGGAGGUUGACGAGAAACGUGUGUCCAUUCACAGGGAAGAAAGAACCUCCACCGUAUCAAUUUCUUCGCUCGUUAGAGAAGAUACUGCUAUUUAUAUGGCGAAAGCUGAGAAUCAAGCUGGCAGUUCUUCGGUUGAUUUACACCUCAAAGUGAUAGAUAAACCGAGCAAGCCACAAGGACCUGUUGUCUUCAAAGAAAUCAGACAAGAUCGCGUCACCCUCGAAUGGCGACCACCAGCAGACGAUGGUGGAAUCGAGCUCGAGAAAUACACCAUUGAAAAAUGCGAGCCUGGAAAGACUUGGGUGAAGGUUGUCGAUAUAGACAAGGAAGUGGAAAGCUUCUGCGUGCACAAGUUGCAACAGAAUGCUGAAUACAAGUUCAGGAUCAUCGCUAGGAACGCAGUUGGAGCAUCGGAACCUUUGGAAUCUGACACAGUUAAAAUGAGAACCUCCUUCGAACCACCAGGAGCACCGAGAGGACCACUUGAAGUAUCAGGAAUGACGAAAACAUCCUUCACGAUCAAAUGGCAGCCUCCAGAAAACGACGGUGGAACUCCUAUAACAGAUUACAUCAUAGAGAUAAAGGAAGAAUCGAAGAAAACUUGGCAGAAGAUCGGCAGCACCAAACACGAAACGACACACUUCAGCGUGUCAGACUUGAAGACAGACGUACCAUACAACUUCAGGAUAACAGCUAAGAACAGUGUUGGCAGUGGACCUCCAUACGUUGCCGAGGAACCAAUUGCACCGGGCAGACGAAUAACACCACCCUCGAGUCCGCAACACGUGCAAGUGACAAAUAUUACCAGCAAGAGCGCAACUCUCAGCUGGUCUCCGCCAGCCAGCACAGGAGGCACAGAGCUGACAGGAUACGUGAUCGAGAAGAGGCCGUUGAUUGGAAAAGGAGCAAGAUGGACGAAAGUUGUUACUCUGGAUGCCACAACGCUUCAGUAUUGCGUGGAAAAUUUAAAAGAAAGCGAAUUCCUCUUCAGAAUCUUCGCUGAAAAUAAUCAAGGGCUCAGUGUGCCUGCAAACUCAGAACCAGUUACCUUAAAGACACAUGCCAGUGUACCUUCUCCACCAACGGCACCCUUGGAGAUCAGACAAAUUGCAGCGAACACAGUUGUAAUUUCAUGGGGAAGACCAGACUCGGAUGGCGGUGCGCCAUUGGAAGGCUACAAAGUCGCCAUCAGAGACACGAAGAGGACCAUGUGGAUGGAGGUAGCCCGAGUGAACACCGAAAUACAGAAACUGAACAUCAGGGACCUCCAAGAGAACCACAUGUACCUUAUCAGGAUCUUCGCCAGAAACGAGAUUGGCCUCAGCGAUCCUUUGGAGUCUGAGGAACCCUUCAAGAUCAUACCGGCUUCAGAAUUGACAGUAGUAGAACCAAUCGCAGAAGCCACCGAGAAAGGUGAAACCGCUUCGAUAAGUUUCAGCACAGAGAACACAAGCUCUUGGCUUCGAGAGCACAACAUGGAUGCAGACAUACAUUCGUAUGCAAGAGCACGGCUUCUCAGACAAGACGAAUACUUCUUCCGCAUUUGGCACUAUGCUAAGAAACUCUUCGAAUAAGCAUUUUUACAGUUUAACAACAUGAUCGUGAACGAAUCAAGUUCGUUCCCCUUCUUCUUACCGAGGACCAUAAACGGAAAGGAAAUGAUAAGAAACAUUAUCAAAAUUUAAUCUCUUUUCUUUCUUUUUUUUUUUUUUUUUUAUUAACGAAAUUCGAAUCUCUUCUUCCAGGAACUCCUUACAUUGUGUUAAGAAUUAUUCUUAACUGUGGAAAUUUUCAAUGUUUGAUCUCUUACAGGAAUUUUGUUUAUUGAGAAAACAACCAUCAUUUUCAUUGAAUCGUUCCUCCAUUAGAAGCAAACGCGUAGCGGCUAGAUCGUAAGAAACGAUACCGGAUGAGUGUAGAAUCUAGUCAGCAUAGGUUAAUAUAUUUUUUUUCUCUUCAACAACGGACCAAGACUUCCUCGUAUACUGAAGAGUGAUUUUCCUCUUCACGAGUUGAUCAACGUGUUUCGAUAGUCGAGUUGCUGAAAAUUUGACUGGAAUUGAAAUAAUUCUUCGAUUGGUAACUUCCAAAAGAAACUAAGAAACUUUAUAUAUAAUCUUUACAGAUCUAUGUGUGUGUGUGUGUUUUUUUAUUCUAAGCACACAUUUUAAUAUAAUAUUCAUGAUUAUUAAUUCGUCUGUGAAGAUUUGAUAUAACGUUUCUUCGUUUCAUGUUGAAAGCUCAAUUAUUAAAUAACCAUAAAAUCGAAGGAUUUCAAAUUUCUUGCGAAUUUUUAGCUAUUCAUGAAUUAAAAAGUAAGUCACGACUUCUUCGAGAUAUUAAUAUUCGUAUGAAAAAGAACCCCGAGACUCGUAUUGUCGAAGAAUGUGAUAAUCGAUCGUUAAUGAUCGAAUAAUUUGCGUAAAGAAAUGAUUUAGAAAGAAGGGCACGUGAAUCCUCGCCCUACCCCAUACCCCACCCCAUUUCCCUUUGUAUUUAUAUACCGCGAACGGAAAGCGUCGGUCAAUCACUCACACGCGUUGAGUGAGUACUGUUUUUAGUAUUUAUUCGUAAUGUAUAAUGUAUUUAAUUUAAUUGUUACUCGUUACCAUUGCCGUUAUUAAUGAUAAUUAUUAAUGAUAAACGUUGGCGUUAAGACCAACGGUUCAUGCGACUGUUACCUAAGCAAUGAUUAAAUAAACACGAAGAUAUGCCACGCGUGGUUGGUGUCGCGAGACGUAACAAAAUAUAGGUGCAAGAACAACAUCACAUUCACCAACGACGUGUUGCAUACUUCGCGUUAUAUUGUAAGACAUUUUGCGAAUUAAAUUAUUGCAAAUUA